ACCGUGUAUAUCAUGAACAUCUCAAGGCUUCGCUAAAAGAAUGAAAGUCUAUAGUUACCUAAAAUGAAAGUGAUACCCCACAGUGUUUGAAAGAUAUAUCCAAUUAUUAUAGAAUCCCCGCAAAAUGUUGACCGAAGACCUUGCAAGCGUCUACUACCAAUAUAAGGUUUGUGAUAUGAGUAGGUUGCUUAGCAGCUGAACACGAUUGAGUUUUAUAAUUCGACACAUAGCAUGAUCUAAGGCUAAGCUAUAUAUAUAAAGAUAUAUAGUGAAUGUUUUAUUAAAUCAUGAUGAUACAUGUGUAUGGGGUUGCUUGUUCUCAGGAGGAAAAUGGACAAGUACAAAAAGAUGAAUCUGAGUCCCUCAAACCUAAGAUUGAUGCCCUACGAAAGAACUUUGAUAUGGUGAGUGUUUCAUGUAAAACGUUUGUUAUUCAUCUACCUAAUGUUAUAUACUACAUUUAGUGCAGAUAUAUAGGAAGGCUACAUUAAAAACGUUCGGCUUUUCAAAAUUUACAGUACAACCAAAUCAGUAAAUAUUUAAUAGUAUAUAACCUUAAUCCACUGUAUCCAAUAAUUAUUUUAGCACUAAAACAAGUAUUGUAGACAGUUCAUUUACCAUCGGGGCGCGUUUAUAAAAUUUGGAAAUAAAAAUAAUACGUCUAACGGUAAUAAAAAUAUUUUCAGUACAGUGCGUUUGUCACAAUGAAAUAUUCUUCAAAUUAACCAUUUUAAGUUAUGCAUGAAAACGCGCCGAUUGAUUUAUACUUAACAUUUUUUGUUAUUAAAAUUACUAAAAGAAUUACAGGCGGGAAUGUUUAUUGUUUUCACCAAACUAUGCUUUUCAUAAUGGUCUGAUCUGUUAGUGUUGCUAAAUUUAAUUUAAUAUUUCAUACAGGUCUUCACUUUGUAAAUUUCCCAGUUUCAUAUGUCACGAUUGCCUCUGAUAUGAGGAAAAUGAACUUUUAUCAAAACAUAAAAAUAUCGAUCAAUCGUUCUUGCAUAUACAUGUCCAUUUUUUGUCCGUUUUGCUGAGAAGAACUUUCCAGUUUAAUAGCUUAUUGCAUGCAAAUUGCCGCUUUAAUCUGCCAAUAGCCGUGAGGUAGUGCUGACUGCAUGGAGAUAUAGCCUACCUUCUGCUCCUCCGCAGACCCUCAUUGCCAUUGGAAGGUCACAAACAAUCGUGAUUUUAAAAUUCGCAGUUUCCGAAAUCUAUACCUGCUCUAAUUGCUAUAUAUAUGCAUUUGUGCCGUGGCGGGCGAAAUUUUCAACAUGCAUGUAUGCCAAGGGGGUUUCGGUGUAUAUAUAUAUAUAUAUAUAUAUAUAUAUAUAUAUAUAUAUAUAUAUAUAUAUAUAUAUAUAUAUAUAUAUAUAUAUAUAUAUAUAUAUAUAUAUAUAUAUAUAUAGUAUUAUACAUGCUCUAAGACUACGUCAUGCGAAUCUUUCAGAACAUGGCCAUGGGCAACAAAAGAAUCCCGAGUUGUGCCAUUUGACUGACAUUAGAUACAUUUUCUAAGACAUAUAGUCAAUUAAUUAUGCCGAUUAGCGUUGUUGUUUAAUGUACUAUAAUCUAUAUAACUAUCAAUUCUAAUUGUUUAAAUAUUUUAUCAGUAGAGCUGUAAAUAAUCCUACACAGAACAGAUUGUAUAAGGGGCCGAUUACAUGGAGCAUUUUCAACCCCGGGGUUGAACUCAGCCCUGUUUACCGGGUUGAAAUUUCAGCCCUGUCUGUAAUACAAAACGCUGUCAAAAUCAAACGCGCGAUUACAUGACAAAAUUUUCAACCCAGGGCUGAGUUCAACCCCGGAGUUGAAAUUUCAACCCUGCUAGCUGAAGCAGGGUUGAAAUUUCAACUCCGGGGUUGAACUCAACCCUGGGUAGCUUGCGUCUAUGGUGCCAGGUCCCCCGUGCCCACCAAAAUCCUGCCCGUUGCAAAUCCGGGCCCGCAUAAAACUGAGGGCCUGCCACGCAGGCUAAACCCUGGGUUGAAAAUUUUGUCAUGUAAUCGUUUCAACCCAGGGCUGAAAUUGACUUAUUCGAGCAUGCGUGGUAGUGACUAUUUAUUACAAGAAAACAAAAUUAAGGCUUUUUUACUUUCGGGAAUCGAUGCCGAGAACGUAUAUAGCGUUUCAACGCCGGGGUUGAAAUCGUCCAUAUAAUCGCAAAAAAUUUCAACCCGGUUAACAGGGCUGAGUUCAACCCCGGGGCCGAAAGUUCGCCAUGUAAUCGGCCCCUAAGCUUACGUACAACACACUCCACCGGAACGAAAUAAUACCGGCAGAGUUUACGUGUGUUCCCACAACGCCGUUAAAGUUUGUUUACAAAGCAAAGAAAUUUAAUUAAACGAAAAGCAUUUAUGAGCGGUACAAAAAAGUAAGUUUUUGUUCACACCAAGAAAAAAGUAAGUUUUUGUUUUAAGUUCGUUUUUGUUCACACGAAGCCGCCAAGUGCUUCGUUUGCAUCUGGCUCGUUUAGAAACCCUGCUCAAAUUGUACGGCAAAGUGACGUUUUCAAACAAUUUCGCUCCGGCCGGCGUAUAGUGUGAACAUGACGGCUAUAAUUGCAUGCUUGUCACUUGCUCCUAAACAAUGUCUGUAACUAGUGUUCGCCACUGGCUGUUUCAAGAUGAUCACUGACCUUUUCAAAAAUGAUGCUGUUUCGAUCCUAAACGGUAGCGGCGAACAUGCAUAUAUACCGCGUGCAUUUCAUGAAUAGGGGUGGCGUAAUAACCAAAACAACGAGUAGAAUUUAUAUUUUUUUCUUCCAGGCUUGUGCGGCAUUCGAUUGUAUUGCGGAUCACGAUCCGGAAGAAGGUUCAGCGAAACGAAAAUUGGAUAUGGUAAUAUAAUUAUUAAGCAGAAUUUUUGGUCUUCAGUACUACUAAGUAAACUUACAUGUAGACAUACGAGACCACGGGCAGAGGAGGGGCAGUUGCCUCCCAGGAGUUUAGAAACUUUGGGGGGGGGGGCAGUCCAUCCUUGUAGGUGCAUGAAUAAUGAAUGCUGCAUGGGUUUGGUGAAUAAUCCAAGUGAGUAUAUAUAUAUGCACAAUUUAAGACCUCACCGGAACAAAUGCUAAAAAUGCAACACUAUAUAGGACCUCUGCAUGGCAGGAAUCGAACAUGCAGCCCUGCGAUUCCGGUGCAGCGCUCUAACCAACUGAGCUACAGAGGCCAAUUGUCGAGGUGUAACCGCAAGUUCAUGUAUAUGUAUAGAUUUUGGUUAGAGCGCUGUACCGGAAUCGCAGCCACAGCCGUAGGUUCGAUUCCUGCCAGAGGACCUAUAGUGCUGCAUUUUUCGGAACCGUUCCUGAUUUUUAGGAAUUAGGAAUUAGGAUUUAUUCAAAUUACAUCGCAGCAAAAGCUGAAUUACGUAAUAGUUACAAAACAUUAUGUAUUAAAGUGUCGCAUCUAUUUACAUUAAUUAAAAAUAUUAAAAGUUACAGCUAGCAUAUUCAGCAUGACUUAUUGAACUCAUUGCACAUGGCAAAGAUAAAUGAGUUUUAAUAAGAGGAAUAUUAAAAUUGUUUUCGUUUCUUAAAAAGUGGCCCGAAUUAUGUCUCUCAGGUAGUAAAUGAUAAAUCUUAUGAUUUGUAUCGAGCAUUACACAUCGAAACAAAUUGUCACAUAGAUUUUUAUGAUGGUUUUCCAUAGGUUUGAUGUUCAAAAGUUUAAGAGCAUCACGGUAUAGACCACAUCUGGCAUUAUGAUGGUAAUUGCUCUUUUCUCCAAACGUAUUAAUUCAUUAGCCAUUUCGAUUCCCAAAGUCCUGGGUCUAGUCGCGCGAAUCCCAUGUUGGAGGGACAAGAAAUAUGGCAGCACAUAUUUAAAUUAAAAGUUUAACGUAAAAAGGAGAUAUUUCAUUUUUGGUCGUCUAAAAAGUUGAUAUUUGAUAGUAGAUAUUUCUACUCUUUCACAUAUUUGACGCCUGUCACCAUAUAUUUUGUCCCUCCAAAUGCACUGUGAUCUCUUUUGGGAAAAGGCUAAUUCUUUAGGUACUACGGCAAUGAAUAGUAGAAUGCAGGUAUUGCAUAAUCAGCGACGGAUCUGAUACACGAAGUGUAAAACAAUGCUAAAUCUUUCGAUUCAACUUUAGCGCGUUUUAGUUGGGAGAGAAAGUACAAUCUCUUAUUUACUUUCUUUACCACGUCGUUAAUGUCGUCCAAGUUAAUUUACGAUUGAUGGUAAGUCUUAACAAUUUAAUACCUAUGUUUAAUACUUUCUACGACGUCCAAAUUUUUACCAUUUACAACUAUGGGAUCCAUGCAUGUCAAUUGGGUUUACGUUGAAGGAAAUGCGUAGCUCUUUGCAUUUUUCUGUAUUUAAUUGCAUUUUGUUUUUAUCUGACCAGUAAAUUACUUCAUCGACUAGGUCUUGAGCUUUGCUAGUGCCGUUCUUGAAAACCAUUUGUGGAAUCGUCCACGUAUUUCCAGAGGGGCCCUUGGGAGAUGUUUAAGUCGUUUAUUAAGGGGAUAAACAGCCAGGGACCUAAUUUGGUGCCCUGGGGCACACCAGAAGGAACAGAUUCCCACAAUGAAAAGCUAAAGUUUCCUAGUUUGAUUCUUUGAAGUCUGUGGGUGAGAAAGUCAAUUAUCCAGCUAGUAACACUGCGAGGUACUGCAUGCAUAUCCAACUGCGAUAGCUUUCUGAACAAGAUUGAGUGAUCAAGGAGAUCAAAGGCUUUUCGAUAAUCGAACAGUAUUGCUCUUAUGAUCGAUCCGUUUCCGUCCGUUCGAUGAAACCAAUGAUGCAACAUGCUAAUAAGUGCCAUUGUUGUAGAGGAUUUUGGAAUAACUCCAUGCUGAUGGGGGUCGAUCACCUUUAAAACAGCUGGCUUAACGUAUUCAUUUACCAGGAAUUCUUCAGCAACUUUAGAAAUGCACGAUGUGAAAUCGGUCUUCGGUCUUUCUUUGUUUGUUGGACAAUCUUUGUUUUUGGCAUGAGGGGAAUUACAUCAGCCUUCUUCCAAAGAGUAGGAAGACAUUGCUCUCCGUACGAUGCAUUAAGGGCAAGCGAAACAGGAAGGGCGAGAAUUAAUGAGUAUUCCUUUAAACACCAGUUAGGUAUGUUAUCUGGGCCAGCUGCUCUAUUGAUUUUAAGUUUUGAUAAAGCUUUAUGCACCAUAAAUUUCGAUACAUUUGGAAAAACAGGUGAUUCUUCCAAUGGAAGCUUGGAUAACGGAGAUUGUAACCUGUAUUCGUUCAGUGGAUAUCUAAAAACGCCGCGUUGAUCUUAUUUGCUUGAUCUUCUAAGGACAAAUUUGAGAACUCUUCGACGUUCAUUAGAUUAGAAAGUCCCUCAUUGGUUUUGAAAUUACAAAUACGUUUUACCUCGCUCCACCAUUUCUUUGGGUUUUCUUUUCCCAGAUUAUGAACAUUCGCUUCAUAGUACUUUCCCCUGCAUGCUUUUCUCUCUGAAUUGACUAGGUUUCUAUAAUUUUUGAAUUCAGCUGAAUUAGCACCAUACGUAUAAAGCGUCUUCUGCCUUUUAAUGAGUGUUUUUAAUCUAUGAUUUAUAUUUUCUUAGUUGGCAUGAGGAGGUCUAGGCCAGUUAGUACAACAUGGAAAAUGUUCCACAUGUUCUCACAAUUAUGUUCAGCCAGCUAGGAUUGAAACCCAGUUUAUUGAGCUCAGAUAUCUUCCCAAUUCUGCUCUAUGGCUUGCUUGACGAUCACGUUUUAUUAUCAUCUUCUUCUUUCUAGUAUUGCAAUCUUUAAUUUUUGGUGUAACCAUUAUGGUGUUGUGGUCUGAGAGUCCAAAAAGAGAAAUUAGGCGUAAAUUGUUAUGCUCACUUGAAUUAUCCACCAAACCCAGCAUUCUGGUUCAACCAAGUAAAUUAGUGCAAAAAACCACAUCUUUCGAAAAUGAUUAAUAUCGACGAAUAUACAAAUAAGUGUCUUUGUUUACUACAGAAAUAAAGAGUCAUUUUUCUAAGGUAUAAAUUUUUUGGUACUGAAAGCCGGGCAAUUUCCAUCUUCGUUGGGCAAAGUGAUUUCUUCCGCCCUAUUAUAUAGUUUUAGAGGAAACUAUGGGACUGCAAUAUUUGAUUUGUUUUAUUCAGGUAAUGGAUCGGCUUCUAAACAUCAAGAGCAUAUUAAAUGUGAGUAUAUAAUAAGAAUAAUUAGACAGAAAUUACAUUAAAUUACUUCAAUCAUGUAUGUUUACAUAUGCUGAAGCUGACUGUUGAAGAAAUUGUACGUUGACGUUGACGUCGCAGACCGCGUCCGUUGCCACAAAGAACAUAACAAUCUGUUGAAGAUCACAUGAACUAAUCAUAUUUAAUCGAAGAUUGCUUUAAAUUUCUUUACUGGAAAUUUUACGACACAUCUUACAGUAUGCAUGCAGGUGACCACGGCAAUUCAUGCACUAACAUAUGAAAGCAUAUGAUUCGCUAUGAUGAAUCUAUUAUAAACAAGUAUACAUAUUUAUCUUUUUUCCGAAAUGCAUGGCAACAUGUGACAUUUCAAUGACAUUACAUGAAGUCUUCGAAGCCACGCCCAACCGAAUUAAAUUCGACACAUGUACACGGCAAAAAACGCCGAGCCCGUUGCUUAACAGGAUUGAACAAUGUUUUGCUGCCCACGUUGUUCACACUUGUCAACAAUAUUGAACAAUAUUGUUGAGCCUGAAUCGGGUGUAACAAUAUUGUUCAAUAUUGUUGACAGCUAUGAACAAUGUGGGCAGCAAAGCAUUGUUCAAUCCUGUUUUCAUCACAAUUGCAGCAACCUGAGCGUUUUUAUGCGUGUAAAAUGCGACGUCUGAAACCAUGUCGUACUUUGCUCGCAUUAUAUGCGACCGCAUCUUUAUGCUCGACCGUAAUUAGAAACGUUAAAUUUAAUUGUGUAGGGUGUUGACUUAUAUAGGGUUGUUGUUGGCUUAGGGUUGUUGUUGGUUUAGGGUCAGGGUUGGUAACUUGGCCUUUUUGCGGCCAAAUAACUCGAUUUUGGCUUUUUUAUUUCUUGUUUGGCCUUGAAAAAAAUGUUUGGCCUUUUUGGCUCUAUUUUGGCUUUUUCAUCAAGUGACAGGAAUUUUCACUAUUUUUUAGUAUAAUUUAUUAUGAAGGAAUGUUAAACCAUUAAGCAACAUGUAAGAAUGUAAGAAUUGUGUACCGUUGAAAUAGGAUAACCUAAUUUUAUUGACACUCAAUCAGAUCUUAGGAAAUUCAGCCAAUCGUAAAGCUGAAACCAAAGACAGCAUUGUAGCUAUAUGUCUUCGCAGAGGUCCGCCCCGUAGUGUUUUGCAUAAACUAAUGAAAAAGUAUUUUGCAUAAACUAAUGAAAACAUUUGCUUUAAAAAUCAUUUGGGACUUUUGAGUUGUUAGUAAUACGUUUUUCAUAUAAUUCAUUAUUCAUUUGUGAAAACUGUGUAACACGCGUAUUUUUUGCUGUUUCAUUUUACCAAACCAUUUCAUGUUAUGUAAAAGUUGGAGACAUUUAAUAAAAAAAAAAGAAUUUAAAAUAUGCUGCAAGCUUGCAGCCAACAUUAUUUUGUAUAAUUUGAAUUUUUUCAUCUAUCCACAUACUGCGCUUCUCUAGCCCUAGAGAUAGCCUGACCAAUGUAAGUCGAAAAUAUUGAUAAGAUUUGGCUUUUUUCAAAAAAAUGAAAUUUGGCUUAAGGUAAUUCCGCAGUAGUUGUUCCCGAAAUGAGAAUGUGCUGAAACUUCCCAGGCAUGGAGUUUAUGAUAUACUUAAAGUACAAUCACACAAAAAGUCGGGGUCACCGAACUGGUUAAGAAGAUAUGACAAUCACAAUAUACCACCUUUACCCCAAUAUGGCGCCAUCUUGACGCUCAUUACGAGUAACAGCAAACUCACAACAGCCCGAUAUUUAUUGACGUUUUUAGCGCGGACUUUGCUUUAGUAAACCUAUCUUGUAAUUAUUUUUGAAAAAAUAUUGUGUUUUGAGCAAAAUGAAACUACUAACGUGUACAAUUCUGAUCCACAAAUGUCUUUUCCACAUUUCUUAACAUAUCUUUCCGUUUGAGAACAUGCAUUGAUAAAGCAUUUUUUUCAAGAUCCAAAAAUGAUUUUUCUUUUAAUUUCGGAUAUGAAAUAUAAAAUGCAUUAAAGAAAUAAAUUAUCAGUUAAAAAACGGGGGUCGCCGAUCUUUUUAGGGAAUUGUGGCAUUAAAACGUGAAAUACAAGUAAAUAAAUAUACUACAGACACAGGGAACCCUAGCUACACUUUUGUAUGCCUUUUUUGAAAAAAUUGAUUUUAACGUAAUUCUUUCCACGAAUGUAACCAAAGAAGUUUUGAAGUAACAUAAAAUUGUCAUAAAAUGAUUUUUUUUUCGGGUACGUAUAGUAAAAGUGCGCAAUGCAAAACUGCGGAAUUACCUUAAUUUAGUAGAAUUUGGCCUUUUUUUAAAGGUCAUUUGGCUUUGUGCAUGCGCGAAAGCCUACCAACCCUGUUUAGGGUUGUUGUUAAAGAAUUGAGAACGCGGUCUAGAGACUUGAUUCGGAUUGAUGUUGGAGAUCAAUCUUAAUACGAAGUAAAAUAAAUUUAACUAUAAACUAACGGAGCAGUCUAUAAUAUUCUACAAAUAUAUGUAUACUAUAAUACUUUUGUUUGUGGAAACACCACGUAAAUAUAUUACUGCAAAGCUUUCGAUCCGUAAGCCCGGAUCUUCAUCAGUGCUAAUAAUAUAUAAUAUUUGCAGUAAUAAAUUUACGUGAUGUUUCCACAAACAAAAGUAUUAUAUGUUUUAUCGCCAUGCAAACCUACAAAGAACUUAUAUGUACACUGCUUUCUUAUAUAAUAACAUACACAAAAAUAUUACUCGACUGUGAUUAGUUGAUUCCAGUGGAAUUAAUCUCAAGUAGCAGUGCAAAAGUCUGUAAAAAACUGACCUAAUUGGUGGGAAAAAACUGGGAUCUAAAAUUCAAAACAAAACAAACAUGGCGGCCGCGCCACAUAUUAAGUAAAAGUUAAGUUCGGGUGGAAAAUAUGCCGUAUUUAUCUCUUUUUAAAAUGGAAAAGACUUUAUACCUUAAACAAGACUAGCAAAACAUACGUAUAUUUGAGUGACAUUUUCAAGCCGUUAGCUUUGUACAAUGUGAUAUAACAAAGCAGGAAAACUUUGUCAGUGAACGGUUCGCUAUAAACGUAUAAGUUGAAACUACAAUUGUCUCGAACAUUUUUAUGCAUAUUAUUAAUACGUAAUAGGAUGGUUUCUCGGGAAAUUUGGAUAAACACUCGUGAGUUUUUCAAUGACCUUCAAUAGCACUCGUCCUUUGGACUCGUGAUAUUUUAAUGCUCUUUGAAAAACUCACUCGUGCAUGUUUUAUCCAAAUUGCACUCGAAACCAUCCUAUUAAUACCUAUAGUAUACUAAUACCUGUAAUAGUGAAUGCUUUAUGACUUGUAGGAAGAAACAGACCCUCUUGACUUUCGUUACAGAACAUAUCAGAACAGGUUAUCAGAAUAUGGUAAGUAUUAAUUUGCCAUGCAAGUGUUAUGGAGUAACAUAUUGAUCAUAUAAUUCAUCAUAUAGUUCGCUUCAAGUAUAAUCUACUUAAAAGCAUGGUUGGAAAAGAUAGCGGACCGUAUGGGACCAUUCGAUGCAGAGAAAAUUUUUAUGUGGCAGAAAGAAAAUAGGAAUUUUUCAAAAUUUGAAGAAAAAACAAAAGAAAAUAUUAAAAUUAAAACAGCCAAUACAUCGUCCAGGGGUCGGUUGUUCGAAAGUCGAUUAGCUUAACCCUAGGUUAAUCUAAACGUCCAAGCAAACUUGCUGACAGCUUGUCUAUAAAUUUGGAAAUGUUUCUUCAGAAAUCUUGGCUGGGUCGAUUGGAGUUGACUUCCCUGAAGUUUUGAAAUAAACAGACGUGCAGAAAUACAUGCAAAAACCAAAACGGCGGGUUAAAUUUUAACCGAGGGUUUAGCGCUGAUCACAGUGGCGACGCCAGGCCUCAGAAUUUGGGGGGGGGGGUGGGCAACUAAUAUUUAAAUGUGGCAGCGAUAGAAUUUUUAAAAAGGUACUGCUAUUUGCCCAUGCCGUUGUCACAGGACUUUUGUCCCCCCCCCAGGAGAUUCGCCCCCCUCUCAAAAGGGGGCAAUAUUCCUAGGAAUACCGCCCCCGGGGGACGAAUAUCCUAGGAAUAUCGCCUCCCCCCCCCCAGAGGGGCGAAUGUCCCAGGAAUAUCGCCCCCCCCCCCUUUAGGAUAUUCGCCCCCCAUAUAUGCGAUGUGGUUUAUUCAAAUAAUUUCGUGAUACUUUCAUCUUAUUAGUGCCUUAAGGCUCAUACAGACCGGACGCUAUUUGGCAACGCGACGCGAAUUUUCAGUUUUCAAUGAAAUUUAACUUUAAUAUUUUUCAUUGUUUUUCAAAUAUUCGGGACCACUUAGCAAUUUUAGCUAUUUGGUCUGCAUACCUUGUAAAACUUUUAUCCGUUGACGGUUUUAUUUGUUUUUGAAAACUGAAAAUUCGCGUCGCGUUGCCGAAUCGCGUCCGGUCUUUGUGGGCCUUUACACGUUUGAGAAUUUAACUUUGCAAAACUAAAGCUUUUUUGUCUUUUUUGAAACGUAUUAUUGGAGUAUUGGCAAGUUUUACCAUUCAGAGAUUUACAAACUAAUAUUGAAACUGUAAAAGACAGUUUCAUGUAUACGCGCAUUCACUAAUGAGUGAUGUCAACUUAUAAGCCAAACAUUUUCCGAUAAUGACAAAACGCUUGUGUAGCCUUUAGUCACACUCAGUUACUAAUAAUUUUUUUUGAGGGGGGGGGGCAAAAUGGGGGAGGGCAAAAAUAAUUUUGGGGGGCAUUUGCCCUCCCCUUCCCCCUCCCCCUGGCGCCGCCACUGGCUGAUCAACCUAUGAGCAACCGGUUCCAGGUGUCUGCGAGCGAGGCCGGGGAUGAGUAAGUACAUGGUAUAAGUGCAGAUAUUGAACUGGUUGUUAAGUAUAUAGGUCGGUGGACAGCACAGUGUUCACACUGGAUAUUUCUUCAUUUGUACAGAAGUAACGUUUGGCAGCCUAAUGAAUACUUUGACUAUUCAAAUUGAAGACUUUAAAAACGAAGUUUUGGAAAGCAUCGAGGUAAGCAUGGAUGAAUUUUAUACAUAUAGAAUUAUGCCAUUUGCAUAAUUAAUUAUACCAACAUGAGCUCCACCUUUGAAUUUACUAUAUGAGUAAAUUCUUAAACACGUCCGAAUUUAUCAUUAUGAUAAAUUCGCGGCACUUUUUGAAUUUAUCAAUAGAGUUAAUCAUAAACCCCACAAGCAUUACACAGGAUUUCUUGUUAUAAAUGUAAUGGCACUAGAAGGGAGGCAGGUCGCGCGGGGUUUGGGAGUUUUUCAAUUUUUUUUAAAAAAAUAGUUUUUAAAAAAGUUUUAAAAAGUUUUAAAAGAGUUUUGAAAAGCGAGAAAAGUUUAAAAAGUUAGAUUUUUAAAAAAGUUAAAAAAAAUUUAAAAGUUAAAAAAGUUAGGGGUUAGUGGUUAGGGGUUAGGGGUUAGUGGUUAGGGUUGGGGUUAGGGUUAGUGUUAGGUGCCGCGAAUUUAUUAUUAUGAUAAAUUAAAAAUUUGCCGCGAAUUUAUCAUAAUGAUAAAUUCGGACGUGUUUAAGAAUUUACUCAUAUAGUAAAUUCAAAGGUGGAGCUCAUGCUGAAUUAUACAGUAUUUUCUCUCAUGAAGACGACUGUAUGCGUCAUGCUGCGGGUAUUAGGGGGAUAAGGGCUUAAGUGGCGAAAUCGCCAGAGAGAUGAGUACAUGUAACGCUUAUAGAUUAGCGAGUUUCACUCUUCCUUCAGUUGAUGGGAAGAGUUAUAAUCUAUAUUCAGGCAAAACUCCAGCUUCUUUGCUUUCUCUGCUUUCCUUCCACUGGGAAAGUUCAUAGCUUGACUUUUCAGACAUAGGUAGUAUUUGGAAUUUCCAACAAGGCCUUUCAUAUUAAGAGAAUAUUGGAACUUGAUGCAGUGGUCUUUACCGUUAUAGCUAUAGCGGGGGUUCCAGCCCAGGUGGUCGAUCAUGGAAGAGACUAGUUGUAAUCUAAAUCUCCCAUAUAAAUUUGUGUGUAGCGCACGGGAACAAUACGUCCAUCCAGUGUUGCCCGGCUCUCUGGAUAAGGCUUUGUGAUGGUUGGGGCGCCAAGUCUACCAGUUCCCGCGAUUGGCGACCUAAUAACGCAGCGGCCAUUCACCCCUAUCGGCACGGUACCUUCUGGUUGCGGGUAUAAUUGUUUGUCUAACCUCCACUAGAUGGGUUGUCUACCAAGAUUGAAGAGCCCCAUCUGCCCUGGUUUGUGGUCAGAGUUGUCCCUCUCCUAGGAUGACUGUUGGUUAAAACUAACGAGCUCACCCUACCCGUAGCGCUGGUUAAUUGAGGGCGCCUGUAUCUCGCCUUUCGCCCCUUCUCCUGCUGGUUACAAACAACUUCGCCACCUGAAGGCCAGGAGUUGGACUUACGAGAGGCUCUAUUUUACGCAAGCCAAUGGGGCAUUUUAUAAGCGUAGGAGAGCUCAUUUUCCUACACCACCCCAGCAAUAACAGCCUUUGAAGUUUUUGCUCAUUGUUUCAGCUAUAUAUAACUUUCUUCAACUUAUGUAGGAUGGUCUAAAAAGUGCCAUGGACGUUGCGACAGAAAAUCAAGAAUUAAAAGGUGCACGUGUUCAUUUUACCAACAUCCAACAGAGUCCACCAUUGGGCGGGUUAUAGGAAUAUAGUCCAUUUCAUAGUGAAUGGUUCUAUAUUUGGUCAUAAUUGACCAGGUCAUGUUCGAUGAUGUGAAAUAGACUAGGUCUAUCUCGUAUUUUGUGUAUAGACGUAAAACGACCCUCUAUAUUUACGACCCUUAAUGUGAAAGGGAAAAUACAUCUCGACGUUUCUAGCAAACAGCGGCCUUUGUUAGGAGAACUAUAAUUAUAUACUAGGAAGAUAUAUUUUACGUUUACAAUCGAUGACAAUUAAUUAUAUUUUGUGUGCUACACCACCUUUUAACUAAGCGUUAUCUUCCGUUAACAUGCAGUUUUACUGAAGCGAGAAAAAGAAGAAGUCAUGCAUCAACAACAAAGGUAUUAUGUUUCUGAUAUUACUCUUGAGUGUGCAUCCACACCGGGCAAGCUGAAAAGUUUGCCUGACCACGGUGGGAAUCGAACCCGCGACCUUUGGGAUACUAGUCCAAUGCUCUGCCAACUGAGCUACGAUGUCAAAUCGGUUCGAGUAGCUCUCGUAGCUAGCUCAGUUGGUAGAGCAUUGGACUAGUGGCCCAAAGAUUGCGGGUUCGAUUCCCACCGUGGUCAAGCAAACUUUCCAGCUUGUCCGGUGUGGAUGCACACUCAGAAUAACAUCAGAAACAUCAUUCAUAUUCACCUGAGUACAUAACUUCAACACACACAAAAAGUAUCAUAUCUCAGAAUACAUUGAUAUCGAAAGAACUAGACUCAGUUCCGAAAUAUCACCAACUCGAACCGACUUGAUCUCGUAGCUCAGUUGGCAGAGCAUUGGACUAGUAUCCCAAAGGUUGUGGGUUCGAUUCCCACCGUGGUCAGGCAAACUUUUCAGCUUGCCCGGUGUGGAUGCACACUCAGAGUGACAUCACAAACAUCAUUCAUAUUCACCUGAGUAGGCCUACAUAACAUCAACACACACAAAAAAUAAGAAAGGUAUUGUUACGAUCAUAUAUAAAAUACAAGCAGGAAAAACUAGACAAAACUUUAUUUUUGCGCACUCGCACUCAUUUCGUUCAAUUAUACAUAUUUUAACUUUUUAGUUGAGCUAGCAAAUAUUUAGUUAAUAAGUAAUGUUUAACAUUUAGUUAUUACACUUUCGAAUGCCAGAAUACAGGGUUGUACGCGACAGCGACCUUUAAUAAGCACUUCUUACCCUAUUCGUUUCGUGACAUCUUCAUACCACAUCAUAGUACAUUUUGUCUGAUCCAACUGACAACAUAGAACCCCCACUGACACUGUUGUCAACAGUAAGGUAUUUAACCAUUUUGUUUAAAAAAUUAUCGGCACCAGCUGUCACUGUCGGGUUAUGUCGUUGUUUCAUCACACCGCUCAAAAAUGCCAUAGACUGUUUAGCGACCAACGCUGUUGCGAGAUUAUCGACUGGCAUCUUUUGAUGGCAUGGAUCAAAGAAUCACUAUUACUCAUCGCCCUAAUUAAGACAGUUAACGUUUUAGCCACAACUUUGCGGUGACAGAGAAAAACACAAUCUUGGCAACCUGCAGGAAGUUAGAAGAACAACUUGAAGAGAAAAAUAAACAAAUACUACAGUAAGUUCUAUAUGAUUCGUACUUAUUACUUUAUAUGAUUCGUACUUAUUAUUAUUACGUACUUAUAUCACGACCACAUCAGCACUUGUGCUGCGAUUAGACAAAUAGUGUUGAAAUAAAAGCUUUUGUAUUGUAUUGUAUUGUAUUGUAUUGUAUUGUAUUGUAUUGUAUUGUAUUGUAUUGUAUUGUAUUGUAUUGUAUUGUAUUGUAUUGUAUUGCAUUGCAUUGCAUUGCAUUGCAUUGCAUUGUAUUGUAUUGUAUUGUAUUGUAUUGUAUUGUAUUGUAUUGUAUUGUAUUGUAUUGUAUUGUAUUGUAUUGUAUUGUAUUGUAUUGUAUUGUAUUGUAUUAGUUAUUACUUUUGUAUAUAUAUAUGCAUAGUUUAUAUUCAUUAUUUUUAAACAAUGGGUGGCUGUUAACUUUUAACCAUUGUCGAAUGUAAGCCAACUAGCAGUCUAGUCUAUAACAUUUCUACAUACAAGUUGAAGCUUCCAUGCAUUGGUGGAAUAUUCUAUUUAACAGGUUGCAAAAGGAGGGUACGGUUACACUGUGGAGGAGGGAAAAAACAAAACUACUUGAUGGCAUCAAAACAAAGUACGUUUCCAAAUAUUAAAUAAUUCAGUUCAUGCCUGCAUCAUUUUCUAUAGUUAAAAUUAUAUUACAAUGUUCGAAAAUAACUUUUCAAUCAAAAUGUUUAUUUCUUGACCUGCCCGUUCUAUUUGAAAAGGGAAAUUGAUCUGUCUAAACAGUUAGAGCAAACUCAAGCGGAAGCUACAGAAACUAAAGAUAGGUUGCAGCGUAGAAUUGUUGUAAGUAUUAUACUGCAUGUAGUUUCAACAUUAUAUUAUUCUUAUUACAUGUAUAAUUAAAAAUAUACAUUGGUGUGGUAUGGUAUAGUAUGAUAUGGUAUAGGUAUAUGGUAUAUAUGGUAUGGUAUGGUAUGGUAUGGUACUGUAUGUGGUAUGGUAUAAUAAAUUAUUAUGGUAUGGUAUGUUAUGGUAUGGUUCCUCAUUUCACUAGCUGAUUUUCAACUUUCAAGAGUAACGUACAUUUGAUUAUAAAAAAAAUUUAUAAAAGUGCAAUAUAUAGUAAAAUUAUAAAAGUGCAAUAUAUAGUAAAGUAAAGAUAAAUAGUGUCGUCGGGGAUUUUGUCAGUGGAAAAAUUUGUUGGCGGAGCUUUGUCAUGUGGGUUUUUUGUUGGUACAAUACCUGCGGUCUACAUUUGUCUGUACCAUGCAGUUUCUUUGCAGCAAGCUAGUCUAGCAUGUCUCUCGGAUUCGCUGAUUCAUCAACUUGAUCAGCUAUAUAUAUAUAUAUAUAUAUUGAUAUUGUCGGGUUGUUUCGUACAUUUCAGUACAUAUUAAGUUUUGUUUUCUUUUCGUCAGGAAUUGACAGAUCAGGUAAAGUUCCUGAAGUUAGAAAAAGAAUUGGGAAGCAAAUUAGGAACUGGUCUAAGUCACCAAAACGGUAGUGAGUAUUUUUACUGCUAGAUAUACUAUAACCUUUAUUUAUAUACUGACGGGACUUUAUACCCAGAAUAAAUAUGUUCUCGAAGAAUAUAUUUGGAUAAUGAAGAUUAUGCAGGAAUUUCUCAGUACAGUAUGUGUAUCUAAAAUUUAUUUUACAAUGUCUAAUACUUGUAACGAAUAACAAUCGUGAACUAUUAUUGAUUCUAAAGCUCUCUAUUGGUUUUACUCCAAUAUGAAUUUCAGCUCCAUAAUAAAAUGAAAUCAGUGAUUCAAUUGAUACUUUUUGAACAAAGAGAUUAUUUCCAUUAUUUUUUAUUCAUAACCUUUUCGUCUUGCAUUUAUUUUUCAAGCUUCUGCACCUAAUGUGGACGACAACUCGUUAAAACAGGAUUUAUACCGAAAAGAGCGAGUAAGUUUUUGUGGGCAAUCAACUUAUUAAUGUAAUUAUAACUUAUUACUGAAUACACAUGGCUUGUUAACUACGACGCUUACAAUGAAAACAAACAAGCCUUAAAGAUAACACUUGUGAACAGCCACUGACAACUACAGCUGUGAACCAGACUACUGAGCAAAAACACCAAUCUUCACUGAGUGUAUAUUGGCCAAAUAAGAAGCCAGCGAAAAUUAGUGCUUCUUACUUUGAAAGAUGUCAGACCCGGGUUAGGUUUCAGCUUACAGUAUGAUUUAGAAGUAUACGUUAUAUUUAAUAGCUCAUCCCUGAUACUUUUCACUGAAUUGUUUACAGGCUCUUGUCAUGGCUGAAGCAGAACUUCAAAAGCAACAAAAAUACUUUAUAGGAUUCAUCCAUGGUUUGAAACGAGAUUUUACGUAAGUUCCUUUCUGCUUGACAAUAUGUUGUUUUUUCUUUAAUUUAUUUAUUAAGGGUCAUCAUCUACCCAUACUAUCCAGGCUCGUGGUUGGUUGAUUAUAACAAUGAAAGACAAUAAAACUAUAGAAAUCGUUUUUUUAAAGAACGAGUCACGAACAAUGAUCUUUUUUGUUUUUGAUUUGUUUCUGAAAGCCAAUCACAAAACAUGAUCAUUUUAGGUAGGUCUUUACCCUUUAUUAAGCUUUCAUUGUACAAUGUUUGAAAAUAUAUAUAUAAAUUAUAUGCCAAAAAAAGGGGAAAAGCCCGUCUAUAUACUAUAUAGUAUUCAAAUAGACUAUUUACAAUAUUUUUAUAUACGUCUUAUACGAACACACAAAAACAGUAUACAGUAUAUGCAGACAGUACAGUAUAUAGUUGUAUUCUUUAUUAUUGAAUUAUUCAGAAUGCCCACUCCAUUAAUAUGCCUCCAGUUUGUACUACCGCUCUUUUUUUCAUUUAUUCACUCCAAACAUGACUAAGAUAAAAAUCUGUCACCCAUGCAGGAACUGUUUCUCUUGUGCAUGAUUCAGUAACGCGAUUGAUUGAGGCAAUAGUGAAAUGUAGUUGGUAUGAUUCAUCCACUAUACCAGUAUAAUGAGUGCAUUUUCCAUCACAUUUUGUUCUUCAUUUGUCUUAAUGAAUGGAUAGUAUAAUGCUCGAGAGAGAAGGCAAGAAACCAGAAACAUAUUCUAGAAAUAACAAAGCUUAUAUGAAUAUGUUAAACAGAUUGCACAUCGCAGCUAAAGAAGGUAAGUUCACAAUAUCAAAUAAAAUUAAUACUUAUACGUUUUUAUCAUUUGGUGCUUUACGUACUAUUUAAAACAUGACCAGCAGUGUUUUACCAGAUAUAUCUUUAGGUCUGAUAAAACACGCACUUCGAAUGUUUUAAAUUGCUUCAAAAACGAUCGAUCUAGUGAGUUCAUUGGCGAAGUAAUUUUCAAAAAAUACGUUGUGUAAGUCGAGAAAAUCAAAGUUAAAGUUUAUGUAAAUGAAGGGAAAUCUCUAUCACAUAUAAAAUUAAUAUACGACACGCUUAUGAUUUUUCUUUGUGUUUUCCUCAUGAAUUAUUAAUGAGUUUUUGAAAGUUAUAUAUGUUAUACUUGUUCCCCAGUUCAAAUGCAUGAUUAGUGUGUUUGUAUAAGUCGUAUAAUUAUAACUUUACAAGAAUGAACUCAUGUAGGUGCACUUCAAAAAAUUAAUGUUGACAUAAAUAAACUAAAGAUAUUAUUAAGCUAUAAUUCCUUCUUUAUUUACUUUUUUGGCGAAAAGAAAUUUACAUAUAGUUGUCUUAUAUAUUCUGAAAAUUGCCCGUUGAUCACCUUCAGUCAGUGGUUGCCAGUGCAUGUAUAGGUAGCGAAGGAUACAAUUUACGGGCUUCUGUGAUCUAUGUAGGAUGCAACUACCUAAAAAAUAGAACAAACUUCGGUGUUUCGAGCCCUUCUAUACUGACAACCAGACGAAGGGUCCUUGCUCGAAACGUCGAAGCUUGUCACUAUUUUUGAGGUAUAGUUGCAUUCUACACAUAAGCCACGUUGGAUACCUGUCCAGCGGUUGUACGUACGAUUUUCCCUUGUGCGUUAUUUUGCUCAGGACGAUUAUGUGGAUAAUAACUAAAAAAAUUAAAAUUUUCUUCAUGAAAUACAGCAGAAAAGACGCUUUCCUUAUAUUAGUCUACUCUUUUCAGGAGUAUUAUCAGACCUAAAAGCCAAAGUACCAGUGCAUUACCAAGGUGUCAACGAGGUAUGUAUUAACAAACAAUGCAUGGUUCUUUUUGUAUUCCCCCACUUAUCUGUGCAUGGUUACGUGAGUGUCAAGAUUUUGGGCAGUUAAAUAAUUUGUUGUAUACAGGGCAAGUCAAAUUAAACAUAAUGCAAAGCGUAGUAAAGUAAUAGUAAAUUAGACGACAGCUAUCAGAACAAACUGCCAACACUUGAAUUUUGGACAGCUUACUAGUGUGGCGGAUAUGUGCAUGGAUGUUUCCGAAGAGGGUUAAAAGCACCAAAUUGUGCACAGUAGCAUCUUUUUAUGAGUAGAACAACAUGCAAAAGUGGGGCCAUCGUGAAACUGGUUUUUUAGAGAGUUACGAUGCUAUUAGCAUUAUUUGCUAUUAAAUUCUACUACAACAAAAAAUGUGAAAUUUUGAAUUCAAUCGCGACAAAUAUAACUUGCAUCAUCAGAAAGCUUGUAAAAAAUACAUAAAAGACUUUUAAACAGUUUUUUUAUUCUUCAAAUGGUUAUUGCUGUAAAUUAGGCACAUUAUCUCGCUAAAAGUCCCUAAUUAAUUAUUCGAUGUUUGAAAAUGCGUUUUUAACAGUUUAUAAUUCGAAAACUAUUUCAGAAAUCAAAAAACUGUCUAAAUGUCUUAUAUGCAGUUUUUUAUAAGCUUUCUGAUGAUGCAAGUCAUAUUUGUUGUAAUUGAAUACAAAAUUUCACAUUUUUUGGCUAUAAUAGAAUUCAAUAGAAGAUUAGCAGCAAAAUAGGGAUGGCCCCACUUCAAAUAUCUAUUAAGCAAAUAAAACUACAUCAAUUGUAAAAGUUUGAUGCUUUUAACCUCAACGGGAACUACUGAUCAAUAAUUUUACGCAUAUCCGCCUCACUAUACGCGUGCUGUAUAAUGAUGAUGUAUAAAAAGUUUUGUAAUGUUCCAGGAUCUAAUUCAUUGCUGUCGUAAAAUUAUUAGGAUGCGAGCGACGGUGCAUGAUGAACAGAUCCCUAGAAUUUGCGUACUAUUGAACGAUAAUUCUCUCGGCCGACGUUCGAGGCGAGGUUUUGUUCCCAAAACAACUCUAACGCUUAUGGGACGUAGAACCUGGUUGAACAUGCGCACUUUAAAUGCUUUAAUUGGACGAGCAGGACGAGCAUGCGCAUUUUAUCAUGUAACGUCCCACAAUUGAAACAGCAAAUGUUUUUGUAUAAGACGUGUGCAGACGUGUGAAAAAGAAAAUUGGUGAGAACUUUAAAGGAGUGCUUUAUCAGAUUAAAAAUACGAGAGCGCGGCUAGCCCGCGUGCAGGCCCAAGGAAAGAAUAGUGGGCCUGCAAGCAAGGCCCGGUAUUUUGUAAAACGCUUUUCAUAACACGCCCCAUUCGCGCGUCAAUUGUCAAAAAAGAACCAAUGACAGCAACCCAAAUAUUAACAAACAAACUCGCAUUAAAAUGUUGCGGGGUUUAUUCUGCUUUAAUGUCUUUAAUAUUCAAAAUAGAAACAAUGUGUAAAUGGCUGUGUUUUAACUCCAAAAAAGCAAGCAACGCAGUCAGUAAUUGCCAAAUUUACAAGUGCUCAUUUUCAACUAAAAUCGGAACAGGCAAAUUACGACGAAUUUCAAUAGAAAACCAGUCUCAAACUUCAAAUCGUGAGGGAAGUCGUGCGACCACAUAGCAUUUAAAUGUGUGCUUCGCUGUCGCCGUUGUUAUAAAUAAAUUGUGUGCAAUUCUUGUUGGCGGCGGAAAGUACGAAAUUUAUUUCAGUUAUUUCAUUUGGUAAAGAACUCUACAAAAGAAGAGAGGGUUCAGAGUCCAGAUCGUUUCGUUUCAAACGGCAAUUAAUACUGUCUUCUGUUUCGCUCUCUCAGCGAAGCCUUGCAAAUCGCAAAGUGUUUCGAAUAGGCUUACAUGGAACUGUCUCUAAAUCUUCACCGCGAAAAGCGCUGUUUUCUUCAGUGCAAGAACAGAGUCAACAUCAAUCAAAAGAUAAUUUUCUUGAGGAACUUAGAACGUAUCAAGUCUGUUUGAAAUUAGUGUACCCCAGUCGUAAUGUUGCUAUUCCAACACAUCACGACAAGCAAUCCCCAUUGGCAUAACGGCAAAAACAUCUCUUCCUUCUAGUAAACAUAAAACAGUCCGUUCUUGUUCCAUUUUUAAUCGAAAACAGUGAUCAAUUUUCGAAUUUUAAGCUUAUCGAGAGCACAGAAUGUCGAGAGCCUUUGUGAUGAAUCAGUGAUCUAAUUAUAGAAUCCAACAGCAAACAGCCAAUCAGAAAGUACAAAAUACCGGGCCUUGCUUGCAGGCCCACUAUUCUUUCCUUGGGCCUGCACGCGGGCUAGAGCGCAGCUCGAGUGUUUAGUAUAUCUGAUAAAGUGCGGACCGCGAGCGUUUUAAAUGGCUUAAAAAACGACCCAUCUAAAGAGUUCAUUGGCCAAGUAAUUUUAAAUAUAAACGUUGUCUUGGUCGAGAAAAUAAAAGCUAAAGUUUAUGUAAAUGAACAUGAUAAAUUUUAAAUUCAUUUAAUUAAAAGCAUAACGAACCAAACUGAUAUUAUAUAUUAACUAAAUACAUAAUAUUUUAUGAAUAUUCUGUAGUGUGCUCAAAAUGUAAACAAACCGCAGUACCGCACAUCCGCCGAACAGACUUGACCCUAUCUUUAAUUGUUGAUCCAGUUAAUCCUCAGGCGUCGAGUGACAGAUUUUUGACGGGCCUUAGGAAUGACUGGUAGUCUCUUUCUCGUCUAUAGAGUCGUAUAGCGUUUAUCUAGGCGAGAAGGAGAUCAGGGGCUUGCGUUUGUAGUUACCUCCUUAAGGGAGUGGUCAUUAUUUAUGGGGAGGGGGGGGGUUGGGAAAUGGGGAAAAUAAGGAUUGAAAACUUUUUUGACCCCCCCUCCAGACUGAAGGCAAACUUUUUGUGCCUCCCCCCUCAUAAAAGUAGAAACUUUUCUGACCCCCCCCCCCCAGUGUGGAUUGAAAAAUUAACAGCAAUGAAACAUGUGUGCGUUGCAGGUAAAGUUAAAUAUUAGGACAAUCUGUUUAAUCUAGCUCAUGUUUUACCUUGGUGAAUAUGAUUCAACCAUAUAUGAUUAAAAAAUAUAUAUUAUGUGUUACUACUUUGCAAUGCAACAUUUGUCCUACCAUAACCCUAACCCAUGACCCGUCUUCAUACAGCGAAAUGAUUUGAACACAGGUUUUUUUUAAGAACUUGUCUGGGGGGUCAGGGUGGGCAUCUACAAAAAGGGACCAUAUUAUAUUGAGUGUGGAGAGAUGACAGAUGGUUGUUGGUGACAAAAAGUUUGGUGUAGUAUCGUAUGUACUAGUAGGGGGGUCUGGGGGUAUUCUCCCCCAGAAAAUUUUUGUAUUUUUCCACCCCUAGAACUGAAAUGUGAGCAUUUUCUGAAACAGAAUUUUGGAUAUACAGCGUUACAUUGUGCGUUGAUAGACCGAAUCUGAUCAGUUAUUAAAGUGUACUUGCAUGGUAUGUUUAUGUAAAUACCACAACUGGGUCACUCGAGGGGUAGAAAACUUGUUAAACUUAGUGGGCCCAACUCCCAUUAUCGCGAGGCGCUACCAUGGUUGGCGCCGAGCAGGGAAAUUUUGAAAAUUUUGAGUCUCUAGAUCGUUGGAAAUAGCAUUUUCAGAGUCUUCUUUUUUGCUAUUUGUGAUUUUAGAAAUCAGAACUCUAGACAUGGUAUUUAAGUUCAAAAACUUUUAUGACCCCCUUUUCUCUGUGUUAAAACUUUUUUGACCCCCCCCCCAUUUAUAAGGGUCAAACUUCGCUUGCCCCCCCCCCUCCCAUCCCCCCCUCCCCAUAAAUAAUGACCACUCCCUAAGCACAGAAUAGGGAUUCUGUGUCUUUAGGCAAUUGUAAAUUCAAUUGUAAAUUAAAGCCGCUGGAAUUAUGUACAUAAUCCCACGUAUAUUGUUAUUUUACUUUUUGUACAAUAACAAUAUGCAAAUUUGGUAAAUUCAUGAAUUAAGCAUGCGCCUAGGUAUUGGUGCAAAAAAUGAAAGUUUCAGCAGCUAUUUAAAGGACUUAAAAUUGAGUAAAUUUUCUGAUAUUUGGACCAAUAAUAAAUGGGUUCGUUUCCCACCGUGGCCAGGCACAUUUUUCAAGCUUGUCCGGUGUGGAUAUACACUCAGAGUAACAUCACAAGCAUCAUGUUCACCUGAGUACAUUACACCAAGACAGAAAAAAUUCACGUAACAAAUUUCUCACCCAUGAACUCACAAUGCAUUUUAAACUUUUAAAUUUCGCGCGCAAGCCAUCUUUAAUGCUGCUAAAAAAAAAGACCUCCCCCCUGCUCUGGAAAAUAUAUCUUUACGAAUUUUUUUGUUUAUUCUACAUUAUAUUUAAGUACCCAAACAAUCUAUAUUUAUAAAAAAAUUCAUGACUUGAACGGAUUUGUGAAAUUGAGAGUCUUUCAAAAUUGUCUACUUUUUUAUACAUAGGGUCUGUAGUUGUAUUUUUCGCAACCGCUCCUGGUUUUAAAAGUCUAAAUUCUAAAAAAUGUAUCAAAUUCAUCUUCGAUAUUUCCAUCUACAAAUCCCUCCCACUUAUUAUAUAUUAUAAUAUAAAGAGAUAUAUCACACCAUUCGAUUGGCUAAUAAGCGUGCAUGCAUUGUAAUCAUAGAAAUAAUUAAGAGUUAUUGGAUGAGGCUGAGCAGGAUAUCAGAAUUAUUCAGACCGAGGUCAGCAUUAUCUGCCGAAGCGAAGUUGAGGCAAAUAACGCUGACCGAGGUCUGAAUAAUUUCGAUAUCCUGCGUUAAGCCGAAUUCAAUAAUUCUUUUAUUAUUCAGAAUCUUUAAAUUAGUUUCAGAAUCUUUGUCUUGAACUAUUUUUCAAUUUGCUCUUUUGAAACCGAAGCAAAACGAGCAGAAGCAGCAGAAGCCAUUGUCAAAACAAAAUAAUUUUACAAAAUUUCCCGCUCUUUUCAAAUUCAUGCAAAAUACCGCUGCAAAAAUACGCGGGCAUUUACAGAUACGAUAUUUAUUUGUCAUGUUCACAUGCAGAUACGAGAUUUAUUUGUCAUGUUCAUGUCUGCACCGAGAUACGGAAAAUUAUCUGUAGGCUCUGUCAGCGUUAUUUGUCUCAUAUCCUGCUCAGCCUCAUCCAGUAAUUCUUAAUUAUUAUUCAUUGUACUAUUUUCUCGUAUUCUUAUUGGUUGAAAGCCUACAGAUAAUUUUCCGUAUCUCGGUACAGACAUUAACGUACAUGACAAAUAAAUCUCGUAUCUGCAUGUGAACAUGACAAAUAAAUAUCGUAUCUGUAGGUGCCCGCGUAUUUUUGCAGCGGUGUUUUGCAUGAAUUGGAAAAGAGCGAGAAAUUUUGUAAAAUUAUUUUGUUUUGACAAUGGCUUCUGCUGCUUCUGCUCGUUUUGCUUCGGUUUCAACAGAGCAAAUUGAAAAAAUAGUUCAAGACAAAGAUUCUGAAAAUUUAAAGAUUCUGAAUAAUAAAAGAAUUAUUGACCUCGGUCAGCGCCGUUAUCUGCCUCUUCACUUCGGCAGAUAACGCUGACCUCGGUCUGAAUAAUUCUGAUAUCCUGCUCAGCCUCAUCCAAUAAUUCUUAAUUAUCAUUUACUUAUUCAUUUUCUAAACAUAUACUUAUUCAUUUUCUAAUUUUACUACAAAUAACUGGUGAGAAUAAUACGUCAGCUCACCAGCUGCAAAUAACUGGUGCAAAUAAUGGCCUGAGCAUGAGCAAUUUUUCAAUUGCAAAAUAUCGAUUCACGUAUGCGCAUCUAAGAUUUUUGAAAAACAAUUCAAAUAAACACAAAAGUAAACAAUUUUCAUCAAUAUGACCAUGUUGAACUUCGUGACGGCCACAAAAUUUCGAAAAUGAAUAAGUAAAUGAUAAAACAAUUAUUGAACUCAGUUAUCGCAAAAUAUUGUGAUUUGUCAGUGGCUCGCACCCUCUGCAUGCCUUCGGCAUCGGCAAAUAAUUGAUCUGCUCGCCACUGACAAAUCACGAUAUUUUUCUCAACCACGUCCUGAAUUGUAUAUAAUUUCCAGGGGCGUCGGAAGCGAGGGACUCGGGCCAUCCACUUUUUUAGUUGGUGGACCCCCACUUUUUACUAACAAUGGUCAGUAACUAGGGAGAUGCUCAAGCAUCAUGGGGCGAGCCUGAGCCAGAGCAUUGAGAGCAAUGAUAGCCAGCAACUAUAUCAUGCAACAAUGAUUACUAAUGUCAACCUUUCUUGUUUCUGCACUUUAAUUAAUUACCUCGGGUCGGUACGACAACGAGGUCAUAAAUUCGGCUCCUAUUUUUUUUCCCCAUUCUGUGUCGAGCCGCGCGCGUAGUCGAAGAGCCUGCGGAGGAGACAGCAACUUCCGGUAAAUAAGUGUACUUCCAGAAAAUUUCAAGCAUCGGCCAAAGCGAAACGGAACCGGAAGCUGUCCUUGCACAAAAUCCGACAAAAUUGUUGAUUUAAAACCAGAAGAUGUGAUAAUUUUGACAUACAUGUUUAGCUGGAUAACUAUUCUCGAGUAUAUAUGUUGAUAUAAUGUACAAUACUUCGUAUGCAUAGCAUGGGAAUACCGCGGCCAACUUUCACUUGUUUGAUACUGCUAAGCAUUUUAUGGAUGGUUCUUACUGUAACUGAUAGACAACAAUUUUGCCAACUGUCCACUCGUUACAUUCUUCGACUGUGGUACAACUAUUACUAAUGAUGGAUCAGUUAUAUGCACCUAAUUAUAUUUUCGGUACUUUGAUAUAUUUUAAAAAUAUCUGAAGUGACUGUCGUUCUGCUAUGUGCAAUCAACAAAUAGACUGAUAAUAUUGUCUGUUAGUGUUACUAAAUACAAGAUGAAGUAGUGAAGUAGCUAUGUAUAUCAUUCACUCGUCCACAAAAUAUCCCAAAUAAUGAAUAAAUACAGUUAAAUAAUUGCGUCAGUAAAUUCUCUAAAUUCAUUUGUUCCUGUAUUUAACUAUUAUCAAUAAAAUGUUAAAACGGAGCUUUGAUUGACUGAUUCACCAUUUAUACUAGUGAACUAUUAAACUAUCGUGAUUUACACGAUUUUUGCAUAUUUACCAGACGAUGAUGCCCUAUCCACCAACCCGAGGUUAACGCCGAGUGGGCGUCUUGUUAAACUAUCAUUGGCAUUGCAAUGUAGUGUCGAAAUUUCAAAGGCAAAACUCGUAUUAUUAUAAAUGUUGGGAAUUGUAGUAUAUCUAGCCGUGUAUUAUAUUUGAUAUUUUGUUCAAAGGCAAAACUCGUAGUAUUAAUUAAUGUUGGUCUAAACGUCGCAUUUUACAUGUGCCGAAUGCAUUCAAAACAAUAGAUAAUCAGCUGAAAUGCUUCAUUAUCCAUUGUUUUGAACGCAUUAAUUCGGCGCAUGUAAAAUGCGACGUUUAGAACAGGCUUUAUAUUUGAUAUUUUGUUAAAACAUCAAACACGUUAUUGAAAUCACAAUCUUUUCAAUCUUUCAUGCAUGAAAUAUAAAAUAAUAUAGAAAUGGUUGAAUGCAUGGUUUAUGGCAAGCGCGCUAAAAAUAGCAGAUGCAUACAUGCACUGCAUGUAAGGGCCACUCAUUAUUUAUUGUACAGGGGGGGGAUUGAGGAGAAACUGGGGGGCCUUUAAAUUUUUUAAAACCUGAAAGGGGGGGCUUUGAAAAAAUACAGAGAGACGAAAGAAGGGGGGCUUUGAAAAGAUUUACCAGUUUGAAAAAACAUUAGUAGUUUUAAAAAUGUAUCACAAAACAACUUAUAACAACAAAUAACAAUGUUUAUAUAGACCUUUAAUAUUCAUAAAUGGAAGCCAAAUAAAAAGUCUCUUAUGUUCAUGUAUUCAAAUAGACAAUUCACAUUAUAGACUAAUUUUAGAACUAGGCAAAGAGAUACAAAUCAAGGCCGGAUUUUGGUGAAAAUAGUGGGGGAGGUGAAAAACAUUUUAGGGGAGGUGCAGCGGUCUAGCUCGCAACCCCCAUGGAAAGUUAGGGCUUAUUGUAGAACAGGCCAAUAUCAACGAGGUGAGGUAUGCAUGUAGUGUACAUAUGUACCAGUGUAUUAAUGAAUUAUGACUGUAUGACUCCAAUCUCGCCCUUCAUUACAAUUGCUACAAAGUUUUUUUCAAAACAUUGCAUUAAAAGGGUACUUGACCCAGAGAUGAAUGGCUGUCACUGUUUCAAUUUUACAGAGAAAACUUUCUUACGUCACGAAGUGUAGAUCCUAAGCAACCGCCACAUUUUCACUUUGUUCCAUCAUUGAAACUUUCCCAAUGGGAGGUGCAUGACCUUUCAGGAGGUGCAAAAAUUCUCAGGAGAGGUGCAAAACGAUCUCAGAGGAGGUGCGCACCUCUCCACACCUCCCCUCAAAAUCCGGCCUUGAUGCAAAUAAAUCACCACAGCUAGAAAGAGCAUACUAAAAUAAGUAAAUUAUUGCAAAGUUUGGUUGCAAAAUGUUGUAAAAUACGGAAAAUAUAGCCUUGCAAAGUUUGCAAAUUUUGUAUACUUUUGUAUUGCAUGCGAAAAUUGCAAUACAAAAGUAUACAAAAUUUGCAAACUUUGGAAGGCUAUAUUUUCUACAUUUUACUAAUUCUAGUAUACCCUUCCCGGGAAUAUACUUUUUUUGCUAAGAUAAAAAAUUAGUCUAUAAUGGGAAUUGUGUAUUGGUCCCCAUUAUCUAUUUUUGUUUCUCUAAAUAAAGAGCUAGAGAGUUUUUGUUUCUCUAAAUAAAGUUCAAAAACUCAUUAAUAAUUCAUGAAGCAAUUAUCCAAUCUUGAGUAAGAAAUUAGUCACGUGCAUACGUCUUUAUACCAGCUAAAGAACACUUUAACAAAAGACCAUUGUUAUGCAAACUAUAUAAAGAUUUUUAUAUAAAGAUUUUUAUAUAAAGAUUUUUAUAUAAAGAUUUGACUUAUUAUGCAAACGUUUUUGAAGCCAUUUAAAAAACUCGCAGGUCGUGUUUUAUUAGGUCUAAAACCACUCGCGUUGCGCGCUCGUGCCUUUAAACCUAAUAAAACACUCCUGCUCGUUUUUUAAAUAGUACAUAAAAAGCUAGAGGGGGACCAAAAUUUAUGUUCUUGUUUUGCCUGUUGGGGGGGGCUUCGAAAAUUUUACUUGUCUUAAGAGGGGGGCAACGAAAAAAUAUUACAACUGUAGAGUUUCUCCUCAGUCUCCCCCUGUACAAUAAAUAAUGAGCAGUCCCUAAACAAAACAUUUAAUACGUACAGAGCCAGAUUGCAAAAACUUGCAAAUAAGGUCUUUUUUUCAUAGUCUUGGAGAAAAAUAACAGAAUUACAGAAUAUUCAGCCCAAAUCAAAUCGAAAUCGGGCUUUGCUUGCAUCAGAAUUUGAUCCGCAACUCACUCAGAAAUGGAGUAAAAGUAAAAUGCGAUGGGCCUAUAAAAUCCCUUAAUAAUACUGAAUGUAAACAAAACAUUUAAUACAUACUGUACAGAGCCGGAUUGCAAAAACUUGCAAAUAAUGUCUUUUUUUCACAGUCUCAGAGAAGAAUAACAGAAUUACAGAAUAUUCAGCCCAAAUCAAAUCGAAAUCUGGCUUUGCAUCAGAAUUUGAUCCGCAACUCACUAAGAAAUCGAGUAAAGUAAAAUUUCGAUGAAAUAUACUGCAUGUAUUAAUUAAAUUUAAUGCAUCAUACAGAGAGCCGGAUUGCAAAAACUUGCAAAUAAGGUCUUUUUUUAGAGAAGAAUAACAGAAUUACAGAAUAUUCAGCCCAAAUGACAAAUCAAGUCGGGCUUUGUAUCAGAAUUUGAACCGCAACUCACUCGAGUAAAGUAAAAUUGCGAUGGGCUUAAUAAUACUGACCACUGUAAAUAAUACUAACCAUUCCAAUUUCCAUUUGUUAUUUGGCAUGAAGAAUAUAUUUCAUCGCAUGUCGCAUGAAAAAUUGUCAGCCGGUGAGAGGCGAAAGGCCCGUAAAAUUUACUGUAAAUCACUGUAUAAAGACUGAAAGUUCUCAAAAUAGCCGGUGCGAGGCGAAAAGACGGUAGGAUUUAAAUCACUGUAGGAAAAGUUCCGUGUACGUACGAACAACCGACGAUGAUGCAUUGCGCUUGAGCUCGAUGAGCCACCAAACUGUAGGGCUCGCUCAGGCUCGCCCCAAUAAACCACAAAGUUAAUUGAUAUUAUUUCAGUUAUGCGUGCAGACAAAACAAUUUGAGAUACUUUUAUAACAUUUUGUUACCUUUAGAACUCUGUAAAUCUCCUUCUAAAGUGCAGGAAAUGGCAUUUCAGAGACUCUGAGACUCUAGUUUCAAAUUUUCCCCAGGGGCGUGCCGCCGGAUCACCUAGGAUGUCACCCCUCCUUCGGCGGACCCUAAGUGUGCCCACCCCCCACUUUUAGGGCCGCUCCGACGCCUCUGAUAAUUUCUAUGAUUGUAAUGCAAUAUUGCACUGCUACUGUUUUGGUUUUUCAAUUUUAUCGCUUCGCCCUCGCUUUCUGUUAUGUCUUUAGUACCCACGUAAUGUAAAAUUAAUUAAUUUUCCAAUGUGAUAAAGUAUCUCAGGGACCGCUCAGCAAUUUUACGAUUGGUGGGGGGAGGUGGUUUUUGUUGACAUGCUCCAGAAAAUUUUGAAAAUUACAAGCCCAAAAAGUGCAUUUCCAACUAUUUCCCACAAUAAUUUUGUUUAAGUAACCAUGUGUAUAUUGCCUGAUGAUGGGCAGAUAUAUUCCUGUAAAACACAUGUCUAACCGAAAAAUUAGUGAAGAUUCUUGCCGAUGUUUAUCGUAUUGUAAAAGAACAAUUAGUAAUACACAAAUAUGCACUUUGUUAUUAUUAUUAUGAUUAUUAUGAAUCUUUAUACAGCAUAUUUAGUAUGCUUCAGCAUUAUAAUAUAUAAAUACUAUACUAUAUUAUAGCAUGUCCUUUGAAUACUGCUGUCCCAGCAAAUGACUUUCUUUUCUCCCUUAAUAUUAUAAUUGUCAACAUUAUAUGUUAUUGUUUACCCACUCAGUGCAAAAUUUAUUAAAAUUCCCUCCCAUUUCCAUAAAAUACUUUUCAACACCUUCUUUUCUCCCAUCUCUCUCCAAUCAUUAAGUGCAUACUGCAGUAAUUUAAGUGACAUGGUAUUUGGUUAUAUACGCAGUAUUGUGUCGUUAAUUUUCCGCCCUGGUACAAAAUAUCUUUUCACCACUUUCUUCCCUUCCUUGCGAAGUUUCCCAUUUUUCCAAAAGUAUAUUAAACAGUUGAAUGUAGAAUUCAUACCUGUCACAGUUCUCGCCCAACGAUGAAACACUAGUAAAAUAUCGUCGUUUCCUGUUGAGGUAAAUUUUACUCCAUAGUACACGAUGGCGGGAAUAGAACAGCAGUAAAAACAAGCAGUUGCUAAUAGGCAGGUAUAAUCAUGUUUUACAUUCACAAAACGGCUUCUGGUAGAAGUUUUUCUUGCUCUCUCAGCGAUUAUAAAAAUUUUAUAGUUCAUAUAAAAUGUUAUAACAUACGCUAUGCUGACAGAUACUGCUAUUAAUAUAUAGCCCAGAGUUAUAAGUGGUUCGAUGUUUUUUAUUGUUGGCCCAACUACAUUCAGUAAUUGCAUUACAAUCAUAACAAUUAACAAUCGUGGUUUAGUGACUGACGCAGUGUGAAAGAAAGGACGAUUUGUUGCCAGGAAGCGAUCAAUAUUCAUUGUUACGAGUGCUGAGAAAGAAAAGACAUACAAAAUUCGGCUGAAAUAUCGCAAAGCCUCGAAUACGUAGUUUUGUGUUGCUAGCCAGCCUAUUGAUGUAAUGAUUGUCCAUGGGUGUGUUAUGGUAACAACUGCCAGAUCAAUGCAAGACUGGACCAAAAUCAUAAAAUAAAAUGUCUUGUUUUGAAAGCGUAACAAUUUCCAUAAACUACAUAUAACCACUGAAUUGAGAAAUAGUCCAGCAAAUGUAAAGAAAAUGUUCACAGCACACAACAAGGCAGUGUUAAAAAUAUUUCCAUUCAUUUUGCUAAAAAGGUAAUUAAACGACUGCUUCAACUAAUUUCUUGAACAUAUAAUGAGUUCUCAGCUUUCAAAGUUCCUUUCCAGCACAGGUUCUGACAAAAAUGUUUCUGAUUUGCAAAACAAUAGGCUAGUGUAACAGUUGUUUAAUUAAUAUGCAAAUUUACCGUGAGAUAAGACAAGAUAUAUCUUAAUAAGAAAUCUCUAGUAAUUUUGUUUUAUUUUUUCCAAGUAUAAACAAAAUAUUAUAACUAGGUGUUACUAUCGCAAGGAAACUGAACGCUCAGAUCGAGAACGACUGGGCAACAAUUGGGCUAUUUCGUGAUGUUCAAAGCGCCAAUAAAGAAGCACUGUUCUUCGCUGGAACAUAUAGUGAUUAGAGAAAUCAUAUGGGCGCUUUCCAUUUAAUGAAUUUUUGUCUCUAUCAAUGGAAAGAUCUGGUCUAUGUUUCUCAAAUAUCUAGCGAAAAUGGACCUCUUUCCAAUUUUAUCAAAAAGUUCCGGUCAGAUAGGUCCAAAGCCCAAACGUUUUGUGUUUCAUUCAGCAAUUUGACCGUUCUGACAGGUCUGGCCGUGGUAAUGGAAAGCUCCCAUAGUCUAUUGAGAAUUUGAGAUAUCAAUGCCUGGAAUCCUGGCAAACUUCAAAGCCACAGAAUAGAAGAUCUUUGUUUGAUGUUGAACUAUACCUGACCGUGCACGAAUCCUUUAUCUCAACUUCAUUAAAUAUUAUUCAUCGUGGCUGCACGUUUCAUCUCAGCUAUCCCUAUUGGACGGUUACUUAAUUAUACGAAAAUACAAUGAGCUCAAUCACGUGACCAUGCACAAAUUAACAUAAACUCAAACAUAUAACAAACACUUCUGUUUCAAGUUUCCAGACCAUCAUAUCUUAAUAGACUAUGGGGGAAUGAGUGCUUAAUUAUACGCUCGUGGCCGUGAUUAUAUGAAUAUUUGAAAAAUAAACAGAUACAUUUUACAUAUAGUACUUGAAAGAAUACAACUUUGUGCAGAGCGUCAGAUCGAUAUUUAGAUGACGCGAGUAAUAAUCAUAGUCAAACGUUAAUUUGUGGCUUGCAACUUCAGAUAAACAGCAGUGGACCUACAUUAUACCUUUUUCCAAAAUCUUUUUGAUAGAAACAUAAUUGGUAUAAAGGUAUUUAAUUAUAUUAUCACUGCUUUGGUGUAAAAUAGUUAAUAUUUUGUAACCGAAAUGAUAAUUUGAAAUGUAUCUACUACCUACCUCUUGCAAAUGGACGUAUUUGGCCAAAUUCUCCACUUUACUCCGCUGUUUAUUGCAGAUCUCGUUGAAAUCCUUACGGGUAUGUACAUCAGCUCAAACAUAUUUUAAACAAGUUUUAACUGGAUUUCAAGUAUAGAUCCUAGCUGUUUAACCAUCGACAAGAUAAAACCUCAACUUUGUCCAAAUGGACAACUUGCAUGUUAGACUAAAUUUUAAUAUAAGUAAAGAGAAGGGCAUCAAACUCAACAGCUAAAAAGAACAUAAUGAAAUUAGUAAAAUUGCAAAAUUUGGUUGCGAAAUGUUGUAAAGCUUGGAAAAUAUAGUCUUGCAAAGUUUGCAAAUUUUGUAUAUGUUUGUAUUACGUGCGGAAAUUGUUACCAUUUUCGGCUCGAAAAUGGUAACAAUUUCCGCACGUAAUACAAAUUAACAUAUACAUAAUUUGCAAACUUCGCAAGGCUAUAUUUUCCGCAUUUUACAACAUUUCGUAACCAAAUUUUGCGAUUUUACUAAUUUUAAUAAGUUCUUUACGGGAAUUCACUUUUUUUGCCUGGAUCAAAAAUUAGUCUAACAUGCAAGUUAGCUGGGGAGGCCGAGAAAACCCAAGAGGGGCCAAGGAAUUUUCACUGUGCUUUAUUUUAUAUGAUUAUGUCUUACUGUUCCCCACACUAAAGCGUGCAAGUUUACUUACAAAAAAUGUAUAACCGCACCAAACCCUAAAACAUCAAGGGAUAGAGUAGAGUACUCGAAAAUGGGGGGCGGGUGCAGCAUAUGAAUGACCCAUAACCUUGGGGGUUCGGGGGCAUGCUCCCCCGAGAAAAUUUUAAAAUUUGAACCUCGGAAAUGCUAUUUCCUGCGUUUUCAGCCAUGGAUUCGUCCACGACAACUUUGCUGUACUAAGCCUAAGAAACACUUACAGUCCCUUAUUUUAAACAAGGGAAAAUCACAAAAUGAGCUUUGAUUAAUAUGUAAUAAAACAAAAUUUCAAUAAUGCGAUUUUAAAUUAACUGCCUUCCGAAACAACAAUGUUCCACCAAAUAUAUAGCUCUGUAGCUUUUCAAUCGUUCAUACAGAUAGCUUGUUGGGGAUUGGGUUGCAUCCUCUUCAGAAAUUUUUUAAAAUCUAGACUCUCUAAACAUUGUAUAUACAGUACGUUCAACUUGCAUCCUGUAGACCCACCUUUGAAGCUUUAAUAGUUUCUAGCUAUGUUAUCAAAAAACGCACACAGACUCAACCAUCCAAAAAUACUUUUUCUACCAUGCAUAUUAUUAGAUAUGUAUAAAUAACUUAUAAACUUGUACAUAUCUUAAGCCCAGAUCUUCUCAAGGGGAGGGGGGCAACAAUUUUGCCAGGGAACGCCACUGGCUAUCGUAUGUUAGAGGCUCCAAAGGCGGUAAAACCCCUGUGAUGUUGUCCACUGUUCACCCCGUGUUCGUUUAAGCAAAUGUGCUUGCUCAAAAAUGCAAAAUCUUGCAAGCCUGUGGACACAAUACUGAAGUGAAGAGCGUCAGUAGAUUUACAUGUAGGAAUUUUUUUUUGAGCGCUCUCUUUUGCAUGAUAUUUUUUUUUCUCGAUUGUAUGCUGCAUGAUUUUCUCCUUGGGUUGCAGAAAAUUUUUUUUCGAAAUCUUCCAACACCCCCUCAAAAGUCAAAUGGUCCGCCCCUAAUAACAAAUUUAACCCUUUAUUAAGGGUAUAAAAAUAAAAAUAUUAACAAAAGAUAAGAAAUGCAUAAUUUUAUCACCCUGUAAAAUGUUGCUUACGAGUCCUUCAAAACAUUUCGUACAAAUCUCGCGUGGCAAAGUAACAGGGACGUGACAGGGGGGUGGAUACUUCAAAAAUGCAGUACGGUAAAACCAACAAUCAACAUUGAAUUUGUAUGACAUGUUCAUAUUAAUAAUAUGUAUUUAGUGAAAAAAUUCGUGAAAAAAUUCACCCCCCUCCCCCCUGUUUGCCACGCGAGUUUUGUACGGAAUGUUUUGAAGACUCGUAAGCAACCUUUUACAGGAUGAUAAAAUGCUACUUUCUUUUCUUUUGUUAAUAUUUUUAGUUUCGUACCCUUUAUAAAGGGUUAAAUUUGUUAUUAGUGCAAUCGAAAUGGCUUGGAUGGAAGAAUAACAAGGCCGAACUGUUAACAACCGACACGGGAUGACAAAAUGGCGCCGAAUUUGAACAAAGUUGAGGUUUUACCUUGUCGAUGGUUAAACAGCUAAGAUCUGCUUGAAACCCAGUUUAAAAUGUGCUUGAUACCAUUAUGUUUGAGCUGAAUUGCAUAUUUGGAAGGAUUUCAACGAGAUCGGCGAUAAACAGCAGAGUAAAGUGGAGAAUUUGGCCAAAUACGUCCAUUUGCAGGUGGUAUAGGUACAUUUUAAAUUAUUAUUUCGGUCACAAAAUAUUAACUAUUUUACACCAAAACAGUGAUAAUAUAAUUAAAUAAGUACCAAUUAUGUUUUCAUCAAAAAUAUUUAGGAAAAAAGGUAAUGUAGGUCUUUAAUAAUUUCACACUAUUCCAAUGUCCAAAUUUUGCAUGCUAUAUUGCACCGCUAAAAACUUUCAUUAUACAAAAAAUAAAAAAUUCUGUAAUGCCAAAAAUAUAUUACCGAAGAGUACGACAUUUUCCAAAAAAAUGGCGUUUAUAUUUUUAUAUAUUUUUAUAUAAUUUUUUUGUAUUUUGCUAAUUGAGAGUUUUUCUUCCAAGCAAAAUAAUGCACGAAAAAAAUUGGGGGUCACCAUGCUUCUUUUCCAACUAUAUACGAGCCGAUAGGCCAUUUUGGAGAGAAUUUCGUACACGUACAGUAUGUCGUCAUUGCAACGAACUAUCUGUUACUAAAAGUAAUAUCAUUUGAAAGUAGAGAUAUCAAAGUAUAAUAUUAUAAAACCCCCAAUAUCUGCUGAAUAAAUCCUAAAAAUGCGUAGUUUGAAAAUGUCAAAGUGUUGAACACCUGAAUUUUUGAAAAGUGUAUCGAGCCACCUUAAGGGGAAUCACUACAUUAUGAUGGGAUGUUAAUUGAAAGAACACUCAUAAUACGCUCGAGAUAUUAAUAAUUUAUUAAUAAUCUUUCUUAAUAAUCUAAAUAUGUGUUGUGGGAAAAUGAUAUGUUGCAUGCCGAUCAUGGAUAAGCCUGCACUCAUAUAUAACCGGCUAUAGUCAGGCUCAUACUGGAGCGAUACCGGGAAGAACCUGCAUGGGUUCAAAAAUUAUUUCUGGACUGAAGAUGCAUAAUAAACCAUAUGCACUGAAGAUGAUUAAUUCGUUUUUAAUUACACUGAAUAACUGAAAUCAUAAUUUUAUUUUGUUUUGUUUUGUUGGGCACUUGUUUCUAUUACUCUUACAAACUUUCAACAAGCUUAAUAAAGGCUCAAAUUGAGAAAAUACUAGUGAACCAGAAUAAAUGCAGGACAUUGGACUUCUAUUCUGUUGCUAUACUGUUUUUCUCGCCCUCAGAUCAGCUCGACAAUGAACCGGGCGGGCGCUCCUCGAGCGUCGCGGCUCGUUGUCAUUGCUGCUGCGUACACGUGGACCAAUCCCUUCUGUAACCGUUCUUAUUUCACCGAAAAGUACUCUCAAUUAAAUCAACAAUUAAUCAAUUUAAUUCAAUUUGUCUAAUAAACGUCCGAUCAAUAUUUUUACAUUUCUAGGAGUCCCUAAAACAUCCACUGGGUAAACGAUUGACCAGAUCAAUGUCUCAGCUGAAUAGAGAAUAUUUUGAAUUACAACAGAGUGGAGUGUAAGUAUUAAACGCAACAUUUAGUAAUACAUACCUUAAAUCGCAUGUGAAAUCAGUGCCUGUUGUUGGAAUGUCAAUAAAGCCCGUUUUCCACUCACGUAUUUCGCCGCCGCUGGCGAAAAAUUUUGACAAAGAAAUCAUUUUUUUACAUUCAUUCGCCGCUGAAGAAAUUUGUUCUCCUGCUACAGUUGGCUUAAAAUUUUCAACUUCUGUUUGACCUUUCGUUGACGGCGCGAAAGAACAACAAAUGAACUUUUUCGGUGGCGAAAUUUUUCGCCAGCGGCGGCGAAAUAGGUGAGUGGAAAACGGGCUUAAUAAUGGUUUGCCAUGCAUUCAUGAUGCUACAUAGGCGGCGGAACGGAGGGGCUUGGGGGGCUAUAACCCCCCAAAAACCGGAUAAGAUUCCAAAUUUUGAAGUUUAUAGAUAACAAUUAGGCAAAUGUAGAGAAACAAUCCAGGAAAGAUGAAAGAAAACCGGUACGUAUCUAAUAACAAGUAGGAAAUACGUUAGAUCUGGAUUAUUCCGGUCAUUACAGUAGCCAUGAAUAUUCCGGGGGGAAUUUUUUUAUAUGUAGUAGUAGUAGAAAUAGUUUAUUAAAAAUGUACACAUCGCAGUCUGAAUUACGUGUCAAUUUACAUAGUAUAUGUAAUAUAUACAUGCCGAUUAGCUACUAACUAGGCGUAACCACAGGUUAAAAAGUGCGACCUGGAGACUUUAGUCACUAAUGACAACGCGCCGGCUCACGCUGUUUUGGCCAGAUAGUUGGUGAUCAUCCUUUACUUUUGCCAAAAGUCAGUCGGUCGGUCGGUCGGUUUUUUUUUAUUUUUUAUAUAACGAUUUGCGUCAAAUAAACAUGCACAUGACAAGGUACUUUAUUUCAUAUUGUCUAUUGAUAUAUUCAAAAUAAAAAACAGUAACAACUUUUCAAGUUUAUGCAAAGGAGUGGCGAUAAUAUAUGGGCCAAUAUUGCUCAUUAUAUAAUAAAAGUCGGCCCAUUUACACUGAAUAUCCAAUUUAGAUAAAUUUAUCAAAAUAUUAACUUGACUAAUUGGUAUCCAAUUACGUCACUUGCUACAAAUUACAUAACAAAUAGUUACAUUUGUGGUUAUAUUGUCGCUACAGCGCAAAGUCGCCUUCUAUGAAUAGCAUGUCGUGUCAAUAACAAUACCGAUUGACAAAGCGCAAUUUAACGAUAAAUAUUAAAGCCCGGCACAUGACUUUCAAACAACAGACGUUUCUUUGUAUACAUCACAACAUCCUCAUGCACAGCAUUUAAAGGUGAUCUACAGUCCGAUCUGCGCAUGUGCACAAAUGAGCCCACUUUUUAUGAUACAAACAGUUUAACUAUGUUUUGAGUUCUUGAAAAGCCUGAUUGUUGUUUCUUGAUCAUUUAUUAUACUCUAGAAGCUUGAAAAUAUAAAUAGUUGUCGAAUAAAGCUCAAUAUUUUGGACACAAAAAUGUAAACAAAGGCUUUGUUUACAUACGGACUGUAGAUCACCUUUAAUCUUUUUGAUUAUUUAAAUCUGUCUUCAAUAACAGACUUACAACAGUUAGCAGAUGCUAAGUUAAGCUUCAUUUGAUGUACAAUUUGAUGAACAAAAGUUAAAGGUACAUGUAUAAAAUUGCAUCAGUAUCGAUGAGUAAAUAAAACACUGGGCGGCAUAACAGCGGCGGAAAUACCGUUUCAUGCGGUCUUCCAAAUAUGGAAAUAUGUUCCAAAUAUGGAAUGCAAGCCAAGGUGAAUCGGUGAAUCUUGAGCCGGGGCUAAUCCGAACUCAGCGGUAUAUUUAAAUUUUCUACGCACAGAUUAGGAUGCUCCCAGCUCGCUCGCUGGUGCUUGCUCGCUGGUCGCAAAAAUUUAUAAUUACUUUCUAAUUCGCUACGCUCAAACGAACGUAAAUUAUUUACUUCCUAUAUUCUACAAAUCUUCACACAUAAACAUCGGAUAACAUGGGUAAUGCUCAGUACACCACUACUAUAGGAUUUUUUAUUCACCUUUUUUUCUUAAUUUUUAUUUUUACAUACUUCACUGAUAUAUUGUAAUAAACACAAUCCAACAGAGCAAUAAUUACACAAUUAACUAUCCGUAUUACGUAUACUGUAUCUAAAGUCCAAGAUUCUCAGUAACAAGCAGUCGGUUCUUAACACUUUCGUGCACAUACAAAUCCUUGGCAAUAUCAUUUUUCCAGCGUCCAUGUAACUUCAAUUGUCUUUCUGUAACAUUCCCAUUAUUGGCUGCUGCUGUAGCUCCACCUGAUCUCAAACUGUGUAAUCCAUAUUUCUUUUGAUCGUAACCAAUUUCUUGUAGACAUUCUUUGAAUAUUUCUCGGCAACUUGUGUAUGAAAGUCUUGCUCCAUAUAAUUUGAACAGAUUAGAAGACCUAAAAAAUCUCAAAGGUCUAAAAAUUGGUAAAUUUGGUUCAGAAUAUGCGUUCGUCACUUCGGUGUAACGUCGUAAAACAUCCACUGGGCAAUAGGCAAUACUCGUUGCCUAAUUUCUUUAUAUAUACAUAGUUUCCUUCCCUGUAUAUGUCAUUUUUUGCAUACGGUAUAAAUGCGUACAUGAUCAUGUUCAUAAUGAAUAUGACUGCCGACAUGUUCGCCAAUUCGCUGUACCGAAAAAAUCCACUAAACCUAAGACUACAUAAACAUGCUAUUCUCAGACCUUUUACAUCUGCGUGUGGAUGCGCGUGUUUUUCGACAAUCUUUUGUAUUAUCUCGGCUGUUAUUGGAGCUUUAAUUUCUUAUUUAUAGGUUGUAGCUUCAUUCUUUUAGCAGUUUCUAGGAUAUUCCGACAAACUGGGGUGUCUAAAGGAUUUUCGAUCUGAUACGGUACGAAUGUAUAUGGAACCACUUCAACGCUGCGUGAGCAGCAACAACGUUCGCAUACGAUUUUAAUUCAUCAUGCCUUUUAUACAGGUAAACAGCCGCCGUUGAUACAGGUAUUGGUAUAAUUACCUUACCAAAGGCGAUUACAUUCCACUUCAGAAACUUUCGAAUUUCUUGCAGGUACUUUUUAGAGGUAGUAUCCGCCCUUGAUUUUAGCAGAAAAUCUAUGAAAACCUUGGUGUCAGGUUUCACAUGGCUGGGAACAUUUUUCCACACUGCACACUCGCUUAACAUCUAAGACAAACAAAAUAAAACAACAGAAUAGGAUUAAUAUGAAAUUCCAAAGUAUAUCACGUACACAUCUUCUUUGAUCAGAUCGGAACCGUUACAUUAUAUUGGAGCAUUAUUACAGGGACGAGCGUCCCAAAACAACGUCACGUUGCGGUCCAUGUACAAGCCAGCGCCUUUUAGUAUUUACACAUAUAUCAUUGCUAUAACCAGGUCAGUGCCAUUAACUCUGUUUAAUGUUAACUUAGAACAGGGCCAGCGCCCUUGGAAGGAACCGGUUACAUCGGCCAGCGCCGUCUUUAUAUUCAGAAAAAAUUCACUCUAAGGGCUAACAUUUUCCCACAAAACCGUUCCGAGCCAAGUAAGGAGUUUGUAUUUCUCCCGUGUAUUAACACUUCACUGCCAUUAAGCACUUUAUACUCAACUAUGAAACUAGCCAGGUGUCUCGAUAUAACCGGCCAGAAAUACGACGGGACAAUUACUGUCGCUUUCGCUUUAUGUUUUUGUAAAUAGUGUAAAGCUCUGACUAUAAGGCAAAUAGGUGGAACUACAAGACAAUUCUCUCCUGUUCAUACUUUGGACAAAAAAGUCCACUCCCGUACAACCUGGAUUCCAGUGCCAUGAGAAAAACCUUCGGGUUUUUGUGUUGUAAUACUGAAUGAGCAAAACAAUCGAUCGUGUGAGGGCCCCAUGCUUCCUCCACUAGAUCGAAACACUUAUCCGUUUUCUGCCAGUCGUCAAUGUCGAUAAGUUUACUUAUAUACAGGGUGUAUCAAAAUAAACGCAAUUCAUCUUUUGUGCUUAAUAACUUUCGAAAUACUAUUUCUAGUUAAACGCUUUUAGGCUUACUUCAAAGCCUGUUCUUUUCUCUUUCAAACGAACUAUUAUCCUUGUCUCCAAUGCUAGUAAUAAUUGCACAGGAAAAGAUUUAGUAAAACCUAUCAUUUUUAGUUGCUGUUUAAUUAUGCAAGUUUACUAUGUUAUUGUUUAGUCGGUUUAAAUGUUAGAAUUUUCUUCUUUAAACUUUAAUGUUGUCGUCACUACAUCUGGAAAACCACGUAGGAACAAAUUAAAAGUAUUUUAAAAGAGACCAGGUUGUUUGAAAAUCCUAAACGAAUGCUAAAAAUCGUCAAAACAUUCUGGUGUCUGAGCCAGAGUGUCAUCGAAUUACGAUGUAAUGUAAACAGAAAUUAUAGCAAGUUGAUGUCAGUCAGCUUAGAUGGUCCAAGCCAAAAUUAUAUCGCAUUUGAAGUUUCAAACUGAGUUAAAAAUAGUGGAAGAAAAGCCGUAAUUAUACUUGUUACAAUCCAUUUAAUAAAAUGCAACAUUUUUUUGUUUUAAUGAAAAAAUCAGUUAUUUUCAUGAGAACGAUUUGUUAUUCCAUCUCAAUUUUUUAAUCUCCAAUCGCAAUAACGUAAAGUAUUAUUACCCGCGAACCAAUGAGUCAAAUUUAAGAAACAACCCACUGUUAGAAAGCUGAAUGGCUACGCUUUAAAAUGAAUGUAAACUUUAACGUUUUCAUCUAUUAUUUGUUUAGCAAUUUACAUUUCAGUCGAGGAUUGCGCUUUUUUUGAUACACCCUGUAGUCUGCUUUUUGUAUCUCCGUACGUGGAAUCCACUCAAUUUCGAGUUCUAUUUUAUGAUCUAGACAGAGCUUGUAAAUUCUAAUUGCUAUGUUGUGUAAGUCCUUUUUCAUGCUACCGACUCGAGCAAUGCUACAUGCUGUUUGACUGUCAAAAAACCACUUCACGUAAGCAUGAUUUAGUAUUGGAAGAAAUUAUUCUAAGGCAUAUUCAAUUGCGGAAAGCUCUCUCCAAGUGGAGCUAUAUUGGCUUUCCUCUUUUGUCCAUUGUUUAUGGCAGAUUUGUUCCCCAUUUAAUGACAUAUGUGCUCCACAACCCGACGCACUUGCGUCUGAAUAAACAACAUAAUGUGACUGAUUUCUUGCUUGGUCAAGUUCCCUUGAAUUCAAUUGUUUUAAAUUACUUUCCCAAAAUUCAAUCUCUCGUAUAGUAUAAUCAUCUAAACUGAAUUUUGAAUCCCAAUCGCUGGAUGCUGCUACUGACAUGCUACAAUACCUGGUCAUUAUUUGACACACGUUUCGUGUAACUGAGCUAGUGGAAAUUAUCUUUCCUGUAAAUGAUGCAAGUUCUCUGGCGGAUAUAUAAACUUUCUGCGAUUUCAAAUACUCAAUGGUUUGGAAUAUGCUCGUUAGCCGGUGUUCUGUGAUGGAAAUUAUGCCCCUUAAGGAAUUCCAGAUCAGACCGAGCCAAACUAUUUCUUGACACGGUUUCCAGUACAUUUUUAUGACUUCUCCGAUACUUUUCUAACGGUUUCAAACAUUUUGUAAAUACAACUAGGUGCAGUUGAUAGACCAAACGGUAAAACGGUAAACUGAUAAUAUGUGAACGAUUCAUCUCAGGUAUCUUCCAAGCAAACCAUAGGAAUGUUUGGGAACCAGGAUGAAUGUCGAUGUGGUGAUAACCACUUUUCAGGUCAAAGGAAAUCAUAAAGCAACCUUCGUGAAAAUAUGUCAAAGCAGUUUUCCAGUCUUCGUAUUUAAUGUUUUGUUUUCGUACAUAAUUGUUUACAUGCCUCAAAUCCAAAAUAAGCCGCAACUUUCCGGAGGGUUGGACUGAAACAGAUAAUGGAUUCACGACGUGUGGCAUACUAUUUGUUUUUAUUUAAUUACCCUAUUGGAUUGCAGUAACAAAUCGCUUGUUGUACAAAAUCUUUAUGUCGUAAAGCGGACUUGUUGUUUCGCAAAUAAGCAACAGGUGGAAUUUCUAUGAAUGGUAUUUUAUACCCUUCUUGAAUAACGGAAAGGACGAAAUUUGGCGCGCCAAUUUUUAUCCAAAAUGUAAUAUGUUCUUUCAGUCUGCCCUUAACUGAAGGCGUUACAACUGUUUCUAGUUCACACUCAUGUUCAUUUUCUAAUAGCUGAUAAAUCCAGUCUUUGGGGUUGUCGCUAUUUUCAUCGUCCACUUGUACUUUCAACUGCUGCUCCUGCUCCUGGUCUGUUUUCAUGUGUUGGAUUGGCAAAUGUGAAGCCACUUCUGUUAGGCCGAUAACUGACUGGCCAUGAUGCUCUACAGUUUCUAGCCUAGGCGCUGACACCUAUAGCAUCGUUUUUCCUGGACACCAAAUUCUGCACGGCUUAAUAAUAACAAAGAUAUGUACAAUAUCCAACGAGUUAUUAUACACACUGAAUCUUUUUAACACUCGCGGGUGGGUAUGUGGGUGGGUUGUGUAGGUGUAGUAAGAGGAUACCAGUACGUUUACAAUCGAGGAUUUAUAUACCUAGCAUCAACCAAUUGAAUCUAGCCCAUACAAAUUACAAAUUAAUGCAUAACGACCUGAAAUGCAAAUUUGUUUAGAUACCGUAAGAAAAUACAUUAUCUAAAGGUUAAUUAGACUAAAUAUUAAAACACUAUCUUUGGGCUUUAGAAGCAUAAUAAUAAAACUGUCUUUAAAUCGGUUCGUCUUUAAAACUGACAAUUCAUAUUUAAAGUUAGAUCUGAGAGUAAUAUUAUUUAAAUUGAGUGGAUGUAAUAAGUGGGCUAAUUUGUGAUUAUUGUUAAGAGAUACCGAGAUAUUCUCUACAAAAGCUCUCUUCUAUCCGCCAAGGAUUGCAGGCCUGUUAUUUGCGUUACCAUAACUUUCCUCUCGAUAAAACAUGCGAAUUAAUUACUAAGAAAUGCCUGGCAUGCAUAUUCGAGAAUUAAGUGAUUGGAUGCAUGCACGUACAGUAGAAUUGCACUAAAGAAUUCGUGUCCACACCUGCAUGUUCUUUUCAAAAUUUUUAAGAAAUAUAGCCGCUUUGAAGCCUUGUGAGUAAUGCAGUUUACAUAUGUUCAUUCCAUUUGAGUCUUGUCUAAUAAUGACAUGCACCAAGAAUUUUGGCAGACUGGACAACUUCAAAAGCUUGAUCGUUGACAGUUAUUGCGUCGUUUGUAUAUGCCGAUGUCUACUGAAAUCAAUUUGAAGCUCCUUACAUUUCCUAGAAUAUAAUUGGAAAUUAUUUUCCUUUGACCAGUAAUUUAAUUGAUCCACUUGUUCCUGUAAUCCACUUCUUUCGGUUUCUGAGAUUAUUUCCGAGACUCUGGUAUCAUCUGCAAAUUUCCAUGAUGCAGGUAUCCCUAAAUUAUUGAUCAUCUCCAAAAAUAGCUAGGGACCAAUUUCAGUGUCUUGUGGAAUUCCCGCUGGGACUAUUUCAAAGUUUGAAGCAAUUUAUGGGAAUUAGCCCCCAAAGUUAAAAUUAACUUUUCCGCCGCCACUGUGAUGCCACACGUGCACAUCAUGUCAGUUAAAAUAGCCUUUCCGUUUCAAAUAUUUUGUAUUUGUGACGUGACCAAUUUAGAUCACCCUAUCUUGGGUACCCUGUAGAAAGACAGUCACGUGACGAAGCAGCAUGUUUGUAUUUUGUACUUUUUUCUAGCUUUAUUAAAACGAUACUUAAACCAAUAAAAUGUAGUAUUUCGCGUGAUAGUUGAACGGGUAACAUAAUUUGGAGCCUUCGGAGGGAUCUCGAAAGACUUCGAGAGAAUAUUUGGACAGUAUAUACAACGUUAUUCGUUUAAAAUGAACGCGAAUUAGCCGAAAAUAUACUAGCUGAAAAUCCAAGAUGGCGGGCGAAGAGAAUUUUGAAAAACUUGACAUAAAAAUUGAGGAGGACAUACUUUCCCUGGACGUAAAUGAGCUUGUUAAACUGCCAAAAAAGUUAGAAUGGGGUGAAGAAAACAUAGAAGGUAAAAGUCGAUCGACGUGUUUUAUCUAAACUAGUGAGAAAAACUAUUGACGAAAAUGUGGAAUUAUGUCAGACUGUCCCAAAGAAAGUUGAGUAUUUACAAGCUACAAGAGCUUCUAGAAAUAGAACCACCGCCACUGGAAGACACAAUUAACUGAGGAUACUCAAGAUAAUACUGGAGAUGUGGCUGCUUCUCAGAUUCCAGCACCACUGAAAGAAACUACAGUCUACAACAAAAGUUGUAACUGUAAGUAGUGGUCAGUCAAGUUCUUUUACUGUUUAUCGUAGAGAACUGAAGAUUGUUGGCAUGGUAGGGUCUGAGAGCCAGAAAGACAGAUUGUCUUUUGUUAGCUUAACCCGUCAAGUCGAGUCGGGGAAAUCUAAGGGAUAUACUGAAAGCGAAGUAAUUGAAGCAGUUAUCCGAGCAAUAUGCCCAACACUCAAGCUCAGGAAGCAACGGAAGGGCUAACAUUAAAGAAACUUCUCCAGAUACUAAAAGGACACUAUAAACAAAAGAGUGCUACAGAGUUGUAUCAUGAACUGACAAUUUUGUGUCAAGACCCAAAGGAAAGUGCUGAAGAUUUCUUAAUAAGAGCCUUGGAGCUUCGACAACAAGUGUUAUUUACUUCCCGUGUAAUGGAAGAGGAUGUUAAAUACUCACGUGAGUUAGUUCAAGCUGUUUUGUUAAGAGCGUUGGAAACAGGGAUCAAGAGUGAGACCAUUUGUGCAAAGAUGAGACCUGUGUUUAAGAAAUAUGACGUCACUGAUGAAGAGUUAAUUAAGGGAGUAGGUGAUGCAAUGUCUGAUGAGACGAAGCGAUUAAAUAAAUUAACCUUCUCGUCACGGAAACAAGCUGCAAAGGUAAAUUCCUGUAUGUAUGAUAAAGAUGGGCAAGAAUCGAAAGCAUCCAAGAAUGUACAAAGUGGAGAGAAAGGCAAGCGUGACACUUUAAUGAUGACAUUAGAGGCUGUCAAAACUGAUAUAGCUAAUAUCAAAAGUUAUAUAUGGCUGCAAAUAACAACCAAGGAUUCGGGAAUGAUGCAAAACAGAGACCAGCCUGCCCAAAGUGUAAGUCACAAGGAAAUGGGAAAUGUACCCAUUGUUAUAUAUGUGGUUCGGACGAACACUAUGCAAGGGGAUGCAAACAGAGAUCGGGAAACGGGCGAGGACUCCUUCAGAGGGACAGGAAGUAGUCCAAGAUAGCAACAAGUCUCAGUUCUGUUUGAGCCAGACCCUGAACAACCAUGGCCCACAGGUCUUGAAAUCGAAGAGACACUGACAAACAUAAAUAGUGGGUUCUUCUCCCGGGUGGUUAUUCAAGCGAGAAAUUCCACCAAUCAUGGAUAUUUUGCUUCCAAAAAGAACUAUACUUGGACGAUAACAAUUAGUAAAAUCUGUUACACCUGUUGAAGUUAUGGAAAAGUGUGAUAAAGAAGCACCAGCUAAUGGAGUGUCGGUAAAUGAUAAUAAGUUGAACACGAAUACCCCAAAGACCUUUUCCUUUUUGGAUACCCGUAGUUGAUUUAAAUGGUCUGACUGAGAAACAAAAAUUAGUCGCUCAACAAAUGCUUCUCGAAGAGUCAGAUUGUUUCUCACGAGAUGAAGAUAUCGGUUGUAGUGAAGAACUUAAAAUGAAGAUCAACUUAACAGAUAACAUCCCAGUUCAAAAGAGCUAUAUAAUUUAAUACUAAAGCCCUUAUAUGCAGAGGUAAAACAGUAUAUUGAGGAUCUUUUAAAUCGGAAAUUUAUACGUAAAUCUAAAUCAGCUUAUUCAUCACCUGUCGUUUAUGUUAGGAAGAAGGACGGUACUUUACAUUUGUGCGUUGAUUAUAGAGAACUCAACAGACGACGGACUAUUACGGAUCGUCACCCCCUACCCAAAGUCCAAACAACACUCGAGAAUAUCGGCGGAAACUCGUGGGUUUCCCUUUUAGAUCAGGGGAAAGCUUACCAUCAAGGGUUCAUAGAGACUGCGGAUCAACAUAAGCCCAUGGGGCCUCUAUGAGUGGGUAAGAAUCCCUUUUGGUUUAAAAAAUGCCCCUGCGGAAUUCCAACGAUUUAUGGAGUCGUGUCUGGAGGGACUUCGAGACGAAAUAUGUUUACCUUAUUUAGAUGACGUAAUAGUUUUUAGCAAGACUUUCGACGUUGAACACCUAAGAACUGUUAUAAGGCGUCUUCAAGAUCAUGGCGUAAAGCUCAAGCCUAAGAAUUGUAACCUGUUUCAUCGAGAAGUUCAUUGUCUUGGUCGAGUUGUCUCAGAAUGCGGAUAUAAAAUGGAUCCAACUCAGGUACAAGCAGUUCUGUCAUUAAAGAUUAGAAUAAACAACCCAAAACUGUUGGACAUUUAUUAGGAUUGUUAGGCUACUACAGAAGAUACAUUCAGGAUUUUUCUCGAGUUGGAAAACCCUUAUUCGACCUUCUCCAACGAUCAAAUGAACCGAGUAACGAUAAGUCGAAAACAUCCCAAGUACCAUCUUCCAAAAGUGUCUCAUGGAAGGACGAACAUAGUUCAAUUUUAGACCAAUUAGUGACGCGGAUUACGAGUGCUCCAAUUUUAACAUAUCCAGACUACAACGAACCAUUUGUUUUACAUAAGGACGCAUCUCAGGAAGGACUCGGUGCAGUAUUGUACCAAGAACAGAAUAGUGAAAUGCGCGUCAUCGGUUAUGGUUCACAAAAUCUGACCCCUGCCGAGAAAAACUAUUACCUACAUUCGGGAAAACUCGAAUUUUUAGCACUAAAAUGGGCGGUGCAUGUGCGAACAGUUUUGCGAUUAUUUAUAUUAUGCCAAGUCGUUCACAAUAUUUACGGACAAUAACCCAUUGACAUACGUGUUAACGUCUGCGAAAUUAAAUGCAACAGAGCACCGUUGGGUCGCAGAAUUAGCGGACUACAACUUUACCAUCAAAUAUAGACCUAGAGCAGCAAACAAGGACGCAGAUGCCUUAUCGAGAAUGCCGAUGGACAUAGAUGAAUAUAUGAAAUUGUGCACCAAAGAAACCUCGCAAGACAGCGCACAAGCGUGUAUGAUUGGAAUUCAGGCACAAGAACCGUGGAUUAUUGCGAUCAUAGCAAAUCCCGAGGUACUGAACACAAGCGAAUUAAUACCCGAAUUAAGUGCAUUACAAAAAUUGGACCCUAACGAAUUUAUACGAGCUCAAGACAGCGAUCUGUGCAUCGGGAAAGUCCGAACGUUAAAGGCAAAGAACACAUACCCAACAGAGGAAGAGAUAAACCGUCUAAUACCAGAGGCUAAAACUUUGCUGAGAGAUUGGAAAAGAUUAGAAAUAGGAACUCACGGAAUAUUGAGGAGAAAACGAGGACCAUUGAUGCAAUUGGUGCUGCCGCAUUGUUAUCGUAUGACAGUUUACAAAGAGCUUCAUUAGAAUAUGGGUCACCUGGGAGCUGAAGGAGUAUAGUUGAGCUUGCAAGGGAAAGGUUCUUUUGGCCGCACAUGCAAAGGAACAUUACGCACUUUGUAACCAAGGAAUGUAGCUGUGUGAAACAACGAGCUCCAGCGAAGAAAACGCGUGCCCCAUUGCAAAAAAAUAUAACUACUUAUGCGCCACUUGAACUCGUCUCAAUGGAUUUCCUACACCUUGAACGAAGCACUGGCGGGUACGAAUACAUUCUCGUAAUAGUCGACCACUUUACUCGUUUCGCACAAGCGUAUCCAACCAGGAAUAAAGAAGCGCGAACCGCCGCAGAAAACUGUACAACGAUUUUAUUCUUAAAUACUGAUUUCCAAGCCGGAUUCUACAUGAUCAGGGAUGGGAGUUCGAGAAUAAAUUAUUUCAUCAAUUAGAAAAAUCGUGUGGGAUAAUUCGAUCGAGAACAACACCGUAUCACCCACAAGGCAACGGUAAAGCAGAAAGAUUCAAUAGAACGCUUUUGUCCAUGCUAAAGACACUGCCAGAGAAUCAGAAAAAACGAUGGGACCAACAUGUCUCGAAAGUUGUACAUGCAUAUAAUUGCACGAGAAAUGAUGCUACCUGUUUUUCGCCAUUUUUCCCACUUUUCGGCCGUUCUCCAAGAUUACCGAUAGAUUUGAUGUUUGGUUGUAACAAAGUUGAAGACAGAUUCAACCACAAAUUAAGAUUAUGUGAAAAAGUGGUCUAGUGCAAUGAAUGACGCUUAUACAUUCGCCAGCGAACAUGCUAUUAAAAACAGUUCAAAAGGAAAGAGACAUGAUAAAGGUCGAGAAAUUCUACGUUAAUUAAAGCCUGGUGAUCGUGUACUAGUAUAGCCUGCGAACAGGCUCUCUUUGAACUCUCUUUGAAAUUUGAGAAAGAGCCUGCAGGCCUAGCUAAUAAAAACGCGUAUGUGCGUUGUUUAGAACGACGCAGGGUUCCCAUUGGUUGAAAUUGAAUUAACUACAUUAUACUGCCAUAAAAGGUAAUGAAAUUUACACAACAAUAGAUUCAAGGUGUCAACACAAAGUGCGGAAAUCGAAAAAUAUCGAUAGUUCUAUAGCGAUAAAAAAUGUAUUAGACGAGUUGUAUAGAAAACUAAAUCUUUGUUUAAAGUUAAAGGAUGCAGCAGUCAAAAGCUCUUAACAAUAUUCUAGACGGAAACGAUGUUUUUGCUGUAUAAGAGAGUUUGGCAAAUACAACGGCAACGUUCGUAUAUCAACAAUAGCAUCUUUACUCUAAGACAAAGGCGACUAUAAUUUCCAUUGUUGAGCAUUCUAGUACGCCGUAGUUGCAUGUUCAAACUCAAGUUGUUGCGGUGUUUAUGUGAAUUCACUUACUAUUGCUACUUCAGGGAAUUUCAGGGUUGUUUGAAAGAAAGACAAGUGCUUUUAAAAGUUUAGAAAUGUAUGUUUUCGCUUAAAUACAAAAGUAUAAGUAAUUUUGUUUUCUGCCGUCGCCUUUGUUGGUUGCCAAACUCACUAAUGACACUAGUAUUACCGACAGGCUAUACUGUAUAUAUACGGCAAAAACUUAAUAUUCCAACUUUCGGCCCUUGUCGAGGAGAGAGAAAGAAAAGAACCCGCUAUAGCCAUCAUCAUUUAUUCAUUUAAUUUGUCCUCUAAUUAGUAUUAUAGAGGGCCAAAUGGAAGAAGCUAAGGACCUUGGUAUGAGUUCGGUUUGCGUUAAUGACGAACCGAACAUAGAGGACAUAAAAUCGGGGAAAUUUCAUUUGAUAUUUGGAUCGGCCGAAAACGUUCUUAAACAAGUGUUUUCUUGACGCUUUAAAAUAUUCAAGUUGUCAUUUGCGUAAUCGUUUGGUUGAUUUUGUUAUAGACGAGUCUCACGUCAUUGAGACGUGGACUGGAGAAAGGAAAAUACAAAUUCAAAAUGCACACUGUAUUUUUAUGCCUGUCCCGCAUAGUCUUUCAGACCAUUCUGGACCUCUCUCACAAACAAUCCCGAUAUUUUGCAAAAGAACUUCAAAACUAUCUUUAGCCCUACUGUUGGCUUGAGCAAGUCACUAUUGAAAUGGACUUCCAUGUAUCUCCGUAUGUUACUUUUAAAGAAGCAUUGCAACAACGGCAAAAUUCGUUCAAAUGUUCAGCGUUUUUUGCGUGUAUAAAUGUUUUUGUAGUUUUUUUCCAACUUGACAUUGCAGACUUGUUGUAAACAAUCAUGCGUUGAAAUCGAGAUUUGCGUUUUGUUUACAUAUAUUCGCAGGCUAUUACAUAAGGCGUGUCUGUAUUAAUUUGUUACAUUGUAUUUUACAUUUGAUUGACAAACUAUAAAUAGUGAUGGGCACAGACGUAUUCUUAUUGACUAAACUGGCAGGCUCUAAUUCAAUUCAAAGAGCCUGUUCGCAGGCUAGUACUAGUAAGGAAUUUAAGUGAACGGGGUGGUCCAGGGAAGUUGAGAUCGCACUGGGAGAAAGACAUCCACAUUGUCGUAAAUUGCAUGCCGGACAGUCCCGUGUAUGAAGUGAAACCAGAAGCGAAAGACGGAAGGAAACGAUUAUUUCAUCGGAAUCUUUUGUUACCGUGCGAUUUCCUACCACUCACACCGGAACCACAAGAAAAAACAAGUCCAAAAACCGUUCAAAAGAAAGAUAAAGGCCCAAUUGAAACUGCACAUGGAACAGCAGAACAGUGUGAAAGUGAUAGUGAUGACUCGGAGAUUUUGAUUCACAUAUUAUCUGAACAGAGAAAUUUUGAAAACGAUUCAUUACAAGGAAACGAAGCGGGUGACCGAAGUGAAUCUGACACGGCGGAUCCAGCAGACGAUAUAUCGCAAAACCAAGCAGCAGAGAACACUCAGAAGCCUAACCUGAACACGCAGCUGGAAGAACAACAAAAUGAAGAACCAAUACAACCUGCAUCCGAAUCCCCACCUGCCCCACCAACACGACGAAGUACGCGAGUAAGGUAUGCACCAAACCCUUUAAACUACAACCACCUUGGAAACCCAGAGCACUUCGUGUCGUCAGUUAAUGCAACACCAAUCUUUUCCCCAUUUACCUAUCCACAGAGUUACCCACUGCCGCCACUGGCGCCAUUUAUUCCACCACCAUGGUCCUCUCCGUGGAUCCCUCCAUUUCCUCAUCCCUUCUACCCUCCAGUAAUCUACCAAUGUCCGUGUUGGAACUCACAUUAUUUGACGCCCUUUAACAUGGGUUACUAGACGUUUAAAUUUAUAAUAAUUAUUAGUAUUUGGUUUUUGAACUUUAGGAUAAGUAGAUAUAUACUACUUUAAAACCUGUUACAAUGCAGAAGUAUUGAAGAGUUGUUAGUUAUUACGUGAAAAGGUAUGGACAAAGUUAAGAUAUCAGACGAAGAUGUUGUUUACCUGGCCAGUAAGCAGCAAAUUCCUAAUAAUUUAAACUUGAAGAACACGAAGGACUCGAAAAAUAUUGUUUAUUAUAGAACUAAAUCCACUUGGAUUCGUUAACAUUCACAUCUUAAUGUUAAAGAACACUCUUUUUAGGAGGGGAGUGUGUCACGUGACCAAUUUAGAUCACCCUGUCUUGGGUACCCUGUAGAAAGACAGUCACGCGACGAAGCAGCAUGCUUGAAUUUUGUACUUUUUACUAGCUUUAUUAAAACGAUACUUACACCAACAAAAUAUAGUAUUUCGCGUGAUAGUUGAACGGGUAACAUUCCUCAGCAAAUGAAACGAAUUUUUACAUUAUUUUUUAGUAUCUACGAUCCUUUAUUAAUGAAACCAUCGUUCACAAAGUGGAGAGACGCCAAGUCAGCCAAUGAAACUCCGUAUUCACAACGCCAAAGUAAGAUAAAAAUGUCUGUAAUUUUUCUCAACAGUGGUAACUGCAUGUGAUACUAACAUUGUGUUAUCAUCACUUCCUGAUUGACAUAGAUGAAGCUCCUAGCACUAAGAAACACCCGGACAAUCUUCAUCAUAGAACAGCUGUCCAGCAAAGAGCAGUCAAAACCUAGAUAAUAAAAUAUAAUUUUAUUGCCGUGGUUAAAACAAGACUUAUAUUGUUUUUGAUAUUACUCUUAGCGUAUAUACACAUCGUAUUCGAACCUACCUGACCGCGUAGCUCAGUUGCCAGAGCAUUGGGCUAUAGUAUUCCAAAGGUCGUAGGUUCGAUUCCGACCGUGGCCAGGCAUAUUUUUCAAGCUUGCCCGGUGUGGAUAUACACUCAGAGUAACAUCACAAACAUCAUAUUCACCUGAGUACAUAACACCACCACAGACAAAAAUCAAGACUUAUAUAUACGCUUAUAUAUGCUCACUUAUAUGUUUGGGUUAGUAAUAUUAUAACGAAAAAUUUGCUUGCAAACUAUAAGGUUGAAAUAUAUACUAAAACUGAGAAAGCUACAAUAAAUUGCCUUCAAAGAUUGGAAGCAUUUAGUAUAAGUCUUCGUCGUCCUGGCCAAGGGCGGUUCUAUAUAUGCAUAGAUAUAUUUAUGUGCAUGCAUGGCUUGAGAUUGUUUAACUUUUAAAAUCAUUUAAAAUACUCAAUUUUAAUAUCGUUUCCAGCCUAUGGGGUUCAUCCUAUACUUGUUGAUGUUGCGACGGGGACACCACUUGCAAGCCAAGCAAUCAGAUUCUUUCCAGAAUGGACCGAAAAAGAUGUAAGUCUACCUUUCAAUAUUUUCCAAUACCCGCGGCAAUUGUUUUAAAAAUUAAAAAAAUAGGAUAAUAUUCGCUGGAAUGCAGUUUGGUCAAUUCAAUGAAUUUUGUAAAAAUCACUGCAAACGAUACAAGAAUAUUUAAAGGCACAUACAGCAUUUAAGAAUGCUCUUGUGCGGCAACUGUUGGGAAAGGUAUAUAUACUCUUGCUAAAGCCUGGUUUCCAUAUGGUCGUAUAACGGUCGUGAAGAUUGAGUCACGAUCUUUCUCAUCAGCCGAAAUACAACAUUUUAGAACUGAAGUACAACAUUUUAGAAUUUAUAUGUGGUUUACAAUAUAUACAUAAACUAUUAUAAACUGGCCUUUGAGAAAGAUCGUGAUUCUAUUUUUACGACCAUUACGACCGUAACCACUUCUGCAACGACAGGAAUUUAGAAUGAUAUUAUUGAACGUCUUUUUGCAUGUUUUUUCAUCAUACACUUCCUAAAAUUUUAGAUCAAAGAAAUGUUUGAACAGUUUCGAAAGUUCGAUACAAAUAACGACUUUCACUUGGAUUCCGAGGAGGUAAGCAUCUUUAUCAUCUGUAUUAUGUUCAGAUGAUUAAUAGAUAGUUAAUUUAUAUAUGAUAAAAUGUUUGCAUGCUUAAUGCAUACAUUAAAGUAAAAAUAGUGUACAUGGCAGUACAUGAAUUCCAGUAGAGCAAAUUUGAAACGCGAACUUUGUUCUUACUUGCAUAAAACUCGGAGUCUUGGACAAAGAAAAUUUUGAAGAAAAUUUUUAUAUUUCAUGCAGUGUGUCAUUCCAGUGGCAGAUCUCAUCCUCGUACCCAGGGUGUUUUUGGGAAAGACCCUGGUAUCGGUUGGUCACGUGACUCUACAAAAAUUAAUUGCCCAUGGGGGAGUGGCAAAGUAUCAAAUUACAUGCUUCCACUGAAAACGUUAAAGUUCAAAUACCAGGAGUAGGAUUUUACGAUACAUAGUUCGAAGCGCCCGCUAACUUCUAUUUUAUACCUCUGUUAAUCUGUUUGCUUUUAAAUUACAAAAACACUGUGGCAUUUUAUAACAGUCAAGUCAAGAAACAAAUAAAAAAUGUAUACUCUUGGGUAUUCUCUCACAAACAUAUUUUCAUAUCCAACUGGUCAGUCGUCAACGUUUGUAUAUUUUCACUUUUAUCUGUUCCUAAAAUAUGCCAUUAGAUUUGUUGUUUGAAAACGUUGAUAAAAUUUGUGCAGAUUUACUAAUAAGCACGCGUCUUAUUUAUUGAAGGUUGAUAAAAUUUUGAAAUGUAACUUUUUGUCACAAAUCACAAUGUAAACAUGUGGACACUGCCGAUGGUUUAUCUUUGAAAAUACUUUUAAUUAAAUAGUUCAUCAUAUUUAUUAAAAAACCUGUAGAUAGGUAGGGUAGGAGGUUGGCAGGUAGUAAAGUACAACAAUUUUCAGCCCCAGGGCGUAUAUGCAUGAUCAGGUGGUAUAUACAAUCAAGGCUUUAGCCUGAUAAUUUUUUGGCCUCGAUGCAUUAAGUAAUGGGGUAACAGCAAUAUUUAUAACAGUAUUUUUCUGAUAUACAGCACACAUUUUAUAAUAUGAACAUAGUCAUAGAUAAUUCCAUAAAUCACGGAAUAAACCACGACAUAAACACUGAUAUCACACUCAGUCUGAUAUGCACAUGCAGUCUGCAUAUAUACCCACCACGGAUACAACACUUACUUAGUCUUAGAGUUUGAUUCAGUAUUAUAUUUCACAAAGUAGUUCAUUACAGUAAAGUAAUUUCAUUACAGUAAAGCUAAUGUCACAAUUACACCCGUUUUCAAAAUUACGCGACCAACGACGAAAAUGCUAGAGUUGACAUGUCAGUUUUAUGUCAUUCGGUCACGAAGUUCAAACUUUGAGUUUUGCGAUUCCUUUUCGAUGUAUAUGCUUUGUAUGCUUUAUAUAAACAGGCUUACAAUGAUUUUCAAGAUAUUUUAGUGAGAAUUAUUGCAAAAUUUAAGCAUGACAAAAUCAUAACAUGACCGUUAUAGUCUAGCGCGCGUGUUUUAUACUGACAGCUAAAUUCGAGGAUAAAUUGUUAUUUUUCAAACUUUAAAAGUCAUUCACGGCACAUAUUUCUGUUGUGAUCGCUUGUAUUGUGCUUUAGUUUGUAUAUCUAAGUUAUCUAACUCAUUUUUGUUCAGCUUUGCUAUUAAAUACGGUUUAAGAGCAGCUCCGCGUAAAUAUCAACCGAAGUCGUGCAAUAUAAAAAAAUCGAAAAUUCUGAAAUUUUGUCAGAAUAAUCAUUUUGGGUCGCUUAUUAACGGAAAAUAAUUCUAAGAUCGAUUGAACGAAUAUUGAGGCGGGGGGAACUCGUCAUUGCUGAGAAGCUCUGAGACCAAGGAAAUAGUUCGGAAAAUAGGGCUGCGUGUCAGCGCAAUUUGAGGGGAAAACACAGCGUUGUUGGCCAAACAAAAUACAUCACGCUAAAGGCAGGUAAAUACUUCCGCUCUCUGCGGAUUUGCAAGGCAAUCAAAAUAAAGUAGAAUUUUUGACAGAUUUUUGAAAUUUAAUCUUCCUGUCGGACAUUUCCUGACACCCAAUUUAAGUAAUUUUUGAGCGCGAUAAAUCCAGCAUGAUACAUGUUUUUUUGGAAACUUGUUAUAUUUUUCGAGUAGAGUAACUCAUAUCCUCUAGAAUGAUGCCAUAAGCUUUUUGGGAACUCUAAAUUUGCGCAGUUGAGAACGGGUUGAAGUACAACCACUUGAGCGCUGAAAUGACCUUUGACACACAGCCGCCGAGAGCGGUAAACACACAAUAUGUAGCUAAAAGAUUAUUUUCUCCGUAGAAAUAAUGGACAAAACGACAACCAGAGUUUAAAUAAUUCAUAAACAAUGCAGUGUGGUCAAUAGUAGUAUCAAUAUUUGAAGAAAAUGUACAUUAUACGAGUUCUUACCUAGCUAUGAGACCUGAGACUUUGUAACAAAUGAUCAAUUACUGCGAGACAGUUCAACAUUCUUCAGAAUAUUUUCGUUAUUUCCUUGCCUACAUGAUCGUUCGAUACAGUCAGUCACAUGUUAGGUUGUUGCAGAAUUACCAAUCGACCACUGUCUUGCCGUUAAUAGGAAUUAAGAAGAGAAUUGUGGCGCGAUUUGUGAAACACAGUGUUUGGCAAAAUAGUGUAAACAAUGCAAGGACAUGAUUACUUGCACAGGUUACCCGAACUGGUCGCCGAAGGCUACACACUAUUAAAGGACUUGCCUUAUUUCUUGAAUUUUUACAUGAGUGUGGGCAAUAUCAGUUUGAAUAGAAUUUCAUUAUCCUGUGUUGCAGCUAUGGGAAAUAAAAUAAAUAACAGUGUGCGACUGCAAAUCGAUGUCAGUCGUGGUGAUGCGUAGACUGCCAGGGUUUGACAGCUAACAGGAAAUGUCAACAUGUUGCAUCAAUUAAUAUUCGACCACACUGCUAGUAACUUUAAUCGAAAGUCACUCGAAAUUCAUUCAGCAUACUGAUAGGGUGGUGUAGAGUACUUGCCACGAGUCGACCAUGUGGGAGGGAGGGCGCUGGGGAAGGAGGGCGCGGGGGAGGGAUCGCGCGACCCCCGCUUGCAGGAAUUUAAAUCGCAUUAAAAAUUUUGGCGCGAAUAAUUUUGACAUAUUAAAAAGGGUGUGUACAUUUCAUACAAUUACUUCACCGCGCGCCGACAAUGGGUCUACAAAAAACACAAAAUCUUUCUCAAGAAUUGAUAUUUCUUUGUCCCCGAAUGAAACAGUUAUCACCGAUUGUGGAAACGAAAUAACUGACCCAAGUAAGCGCCGAAAGUUAAUGUAUCAACAAAAACAAGUGCAUGUAAAAACUUAUUGAUUCUGGACAGUUGUUUGUCUAACAAUGUGUGCCGUAAUUGUGUCGACAAGAAUAGUAUUUACAUUGUUUACUCUGUUUGCUUCAAUAAUAAAUAUUUGUUCAACAAAAAAGCCUGAGAAUAUAAUAUUAUUUUUAGACUCCUUCGAUAAUGACCAAUAAUGUAAACCGCUUCGGCCUUCAAUGUAAACAAUGACGUCACCGGUGGAUUUUUCCACCGGUGAUAUUUGGCGCGCUGCAAGUGACAAAAGUCCUUUCCACAGAGGAAGUGAAGCGCACCAUAAAAGGGUCUGGAAAGGACGUUAGAAAGUCUAUAUAGGGUCACACAAUCAAGUUUCAUUUGUACAGUUUAUUGAAGCGGAGAUUUUUAAGCUCCAUAUCAGCGUUUGAAUGCACGCACGUGAACGCCAUGGAAUGUGGCUACGCCAGGUACGUUGGCGGGCCUUGCGGCGGGAGUCAGCAGAGCCCACAUACAAGGCAAUGUCUCAGAAUUGCUGACUGUAGUAAGGAUAUACGGGAUUAUUUGAGGUUCUUGAAAGUUGGAGACCCAUCAAUCACUUCUGAGGCCAGUCUAUUACUCGCACGUGCAGGUAUGUUUCGAUUAUACCCUACCAUGUGUUGGCUAUCAACAGAAUUACAGAAUAUACUGGACUGUAUUUUCAUAUACAAUGCUUGUCAAUUGAAUUGUGACCCUGGCUGAGAUAGAGAGCAACCACAAUGCAUAUGUCACAUGUCCUUGUAUACAUGUAGGUCUCUUUGGUCCUGAAGAAAAUCACGGCAACAUUACUAUUUGUCCUCGGCAUCGCGAUAGCCAUGGAAUUCGCUGGCGGUGCAACCGCAGAAAUUGUGUCUGUCCCGCAAGCUGGGCAGUACACGGAAGUGCUAAAGCAGAACGGCCAAUAACGAAGGAACAAUCAGAGAAGCUACUGAACCUUACUCAUGUGCUUGUUCCAGUAGGAUCUGGUAAGCAAGGACAUGCAAUCGGAAUCGAAAAAAAUAUGUCAUGAGUUUUUUUCUAGUUAACAUUUUUCUUCGUUUUGCAAAGGUAUUUGUACAAGAUGUCGCAAACGCCUGACAGCUGAGAGCAAAAGAGCAGAGCAGUCCGUGGAAGUCGAAACACCUGUCGCGUAUGAAGGUGACGUCCAAGAGAGUCAAGAUCGCCCGUUAACGUCAGAAUGCGAAGACAUCCACGAGCAACAGGUACUAUACGAAUAUGACCUACUAAACGCCACUAGAUGCACCGAACACUUUGUGGGACGACACUUCAUGGAAUAGGCAGAGUGGUAUUCACGCACUAGUGCCAUGCAUGAAUGACCGCUAAUCAAUAAUAUUAGUCUUUUUUCUUCAAUACAGGAAUGUCCACAGGAUGUAUUAGAUUUGUGUGAUUCAUUUCUCAACUUAUCCAUUGAGGAAAGAGAUCUAGAUCACAGUGCCAGUAUGUUUGUUCCAGAAGAGCCGACAAGCAGCAGUACAACAUCAAGCGACGAAACGGUAGAAGAAACCCUGACAUCUAGAAGAACGCAGCUAAACUGUUUUCUAGAAAACUGUGGUGUGACAUCAAGGAUUGGUCCAUGCAAGAAAACGUGGGCGGAGACCAGCGCGCGAACGAGGAGGAACCAUGUGGAGAAGGCGCGGGAUGCAAUAGUGGCGAUGUUAGAUGUGGUGACACCAAGUGAUGGGGCACUUCUCUGGGAAGCGCUGCAGUCAUCGGCACUUGUGGAUGAGGCUCUGGGGAUACAAAAAACAUCUCCCGCAGAGGAAAAGUAUCUACUAGCACUCGCAGAAACAUACAGAAAUGCCUCUGGAUGGGACACGCGAAGACAAAUUCUUUCUGUGAUGGCCGACAUUGUACCCUUCGCAUGCCUACAGCAGUAUUUGCCCAAUGUCACUGAAUACCGCGUCAAGAUUGCACGAAGUCACAGGCUGACGUUCGGUAGAGGCCUUCCCCGACCACCUACUAAAAGAGCACGAAUGAAAGUGGAUAACAGCCAGCUAGACCACUUCCUCACAUUCAUCACCAGCGGACAUAUCGUAGAAGACCUGCCCUUUGGACAGAAGUACCUGAAAUUUUCCACUGGAGAGAUCCUUGAAACGCCAAACGUCAUCAGAAGUAUGAUCCCUGAGCGUAUUGUUCAGCAAUACCAGCAUUAUUGUGAGGAGACAGCGUUCACUCCAUUUGGCCGAACCACCAUAUUGAACAUCCUAUCCGAAUGUUCUGCAACUGUGCGCAAGUCUUUACAGGGACUUGACUACAUCGCUGCCAACGGAAGCAAAGCCUUUGAUGACCUGUGUGCUGCUGUGACGCGCCUUCACGAGUGUGGAUCAAUCUCCAGGGAGUCCAAAGACGAAUGGCAAAGUUUACUGAAAUCGGGUAAACACUAUUUGAAGUCCGACUACAAGGUAAAGUGCACUAGAACAGUGGUAAUCCAUCUUGAUUUGUAAUUGUCUUAUAAUUAAUAUAGCAAAUUUAAUAACUAUAACCUCAAUUUGUAGGUUCUUGUGUCGAGAUCGAGCACUGUAGCUGACCACUGCACCACAUUUGCGCUGAGUGAAGCAAAAGACAAAUGUUUCAGUAGCACUUGCGACCAUACACACGAUGACGCGUGUCCACAGUGUGAAACCCUCGACAAUGUGCUGGCCGAUAUUGGAGAUGUCUUCAAUAACGAUGCCAUUGCAGAGGAUGAACUAGUGGAUCUCCGGUACACCUGCCAGAAAGCGACACAAGAUGCCAAGUCAUGGAAAGGGCACCAACUUCGAAGCAUCACACAAGAUGAGUCUCGACUAGACGUUCUGAGGCGGCUUGAUCAGUCAUCUGUGCUUAUAACAAACGACUGGGCAAUGAAGUUUCUACCUCAGAAGUACAGGGAAUAA